AUGAAAGUUGAUUAUUUAAGUGAAUUCAGCUUUGGACUCUCUGACUAUGGUGAGUACGGGGCUCUUGUCUCCCUCCUUUUUCUCCGGUUUGUCCUGAAGACGAUCUCUUGCUGUCACUUUGUGUGUGUUUUCUUCCUGAUUCGCUGCUGUUGCCUGUAUCUGAGGACAGCUAUUGUGUGCCUGUAGCUUUGCUGCUUUUAGCUUUAUAUAGUAAUAAUGUAAGAGUUGUCCUUGCCCUCCUCUAACAGACGGGCACACAUGCUUUCACAAAGUUUAUGGGAUCAGCGUUGCGUGUUGGGCUGUGUUAAACAGUGUCAGCUACUCAAGUGAUCACAGGAGUACUCUGCUUAACCCUUGGAGUGCCAGGGGUUUACUGAUCACCUCUGGCACACACAGGGUUAAACGUAACAGGCUUGCAUCCAGAAGUAACGUGUGGCUGAUGGUUGAUUGCUGGUUUUAGGUUUCAUGGCUGUAAACAGAAUGUGUUUGCAUUAUUUGCCUGCUUAUGUUGUGUUUCGGUGGGUUGUUGUUUUUUUGUAUUUUGUUAUGUUUGUUUUCCUUUUUAUACACUUCCGUAUGGCAAAAUAAAGCUCAUGUUUUAUUCCAGUUCAUUUGUUUCCUUCUCCUGUCCCAGGAGCUGGUUACUUUGAUGAAACGAGCCCCUUUCACUUUUCAUUUUAAGCAGUAACGGAAGUGACAGGAAGGGGGUAUCUGCCGGUCACCUUUUCUGCUGAGGCUCAGUCCGAACGGCCGGGCAUCUGGGACCGAUGGCUCAUAAAGUGCUUGUUUUGUGUUGUGUGGUUAUUUUUGUUUUAACUCUGGUCCUGGCUGUUCCGGUUUUUUGGAGAAGUGACUGUGUAACCCAAAAGGAAUUUAAUUAAUUUAGGUCAAGGCAGUGGCAGUUUAGAAGAGGUGAUGAUUACAAUUUAAUGAUUUGUUUGUUUCCGUACAAUGUAUUGCACUCUCGCUGUCUUUCUUUGCCUGCCCUCUCAUGGUGGAACAGUAGUGAGGGGCCCAGGUGUGCCGCGGGAGACAAGGAGGGCAGAUUUAUGUCUGAGAGCUGUAGGUAGGGGGCUGAUUGGGAACUGGAAGUAGAUAGGGAUAGUAUGCCGGGGAAAGGCUGUUGAAUGGCAGUUGAUCUACUGGCUUUGUUUGGGGAAACGGUUGCUGUCCUGCGUGUUUGCAGCACAUGUGCUGAUGGGUUUCCGUGGUGACUACUGAUCACACCCAAGAGAUUAUUCAAUUUCACCUUAAAGAGAAAAACGAGAAAACAAAAAAAAGCACAAACGCUUCUACGUGUUUCCUGCUUUCCCAGAGUUUCGUCAGGCUGCACUUUAAGUUCUCACUGCACUUUCUAAAGGAAUCCUGCCAGAUAUUUGCAUUUAGGAUAUUUCUUCAAAUUCUUAAAUUUGUGCUUUUAUUUUUUGUUUUGUUUUGCCACCUUUGUGCUGCUGAGAACAGGAUGAUCAGACAAUUAGCCUUUUCAAUGCCUGAGGAGUGAGCAAGUCCUACCUCACCUCUCUGGAUUAAAGGUAACAAAAAUGUCGGGCCCGCACCUCUAUGUGUUACCCAGCACCCUGACACCCUGAUAUUGGGUCGGCACCUCUAUGUGUUACCCAGCACCCUGACACCCUGAUAUUGGGUCGGCACCUCUAUGUGUUACCCAGCACCCUGACACCCUGAUAUUGGGUCCGCACCUCUAUGUGUUACCCAGCACCCUGACACCCUGAUAUUGGGUCCGCACCUCUAUGUGUUACCCAGCACCCUGACACCCUGAUAUUGGGUCGGCACCUCUAUGUGUUACCCAGCACCCUGACACCCUGAUAUUGGGUCCGCACCUCUAUGUGUUACCCAGCACCCUGAUAUUGGGUCCGCACCUCUGUGUCACCCAGCACCCUGACACCCUGACAUUGGGUCCGCACCUCUAUGUGUUACCCAGCACCCUGACACCCUGAUAUUGGGUCGGCACCUCUAUUUGUUACCCAGCACCCUGACACCCUGAUAUUGGGUCCGCACCUCUAUGUGUUACCCAGCACCCUGAUAUUGGGUCCGCACCUGUGUGUCACCCAGCACCCUGAUAUUGGGUCGGCACCUCUAUGUGUUACCCAGCACCCUGACACCCUGAUAUUGGGUCGGCACCUCUAUGUGUUACCCAGCACCCUGACACCCUGAUAUUGGGUCCGCACCUCUAUGUGUUACCCAGCACCCUGACACCCUGAUAUUGGGUCCGCACCUCUAUGUGUCACCCAGCACCCUGACACCCUGAUAUUGGGUCCGCACCUCUAUGUGUCACCCAGCACAGGGCCUUUCAGUCGCUGAAUAAUACGCUGUAGAUCCAUUUAUAGCUGAGGUUUCUAUACGACUGACAUCGCUAUUUGUUGUGAAACUAUAACUCCCAUUAUGGGAUUUGCAGUUUUACACAGAUGGAGUGGUCUCCUUUUUUUUUUUUUUCGUUUGGUGUAACAAUGUAUUUUAGUAUUGUUCUAUAUUGUUCUGUGUUGAGUAUUACAAAGUUUGUAUGCAAUAUAAACAUUUACUUAGAACCCCAAUUUAUUAUGCAUGCAAUAUAGGGCCAUGUUUAGUUUUUUCUGAUAUCAGAUUUUUUGAAAACAUUUUUUCAUGUUUAUAAUUUGUGAUGCGAUAUAAGUCCAGUGGUACAUUGCAACAGGUACCAUGUGAAAAGUGAGAUAGGCCCAGUUUGUCUUAAAUUGUUCUGGUAUAGUGUUAUAUUUUACAAUUUAGUGCAAAUAUCAUCAGUUGUCAUGUGGUCUCCAUAUAGCAUACGAGUAAUUCUUGUAGAAUGAGUAGUCGGCGCCCCUUAUUAAUAAUGUUAAUGUUGAAUCGUGCUGGCGUGGAAUUCUGUGAUUUUAUAUAUUUAUUGUCUUGCAGUGUUACUGCACUUUGAUCGUCACAUUGUAGGUUGUGUAAUAAAUCUGGAUUUUAUUCAAACAUUCAGUUUUUUACUCUCCUCCCCCCGAUUGUGUAAGAAGAUAAUUCAUGUCAUUGCUAGAUGAAUUUAACCCCUUGUUUCCUGCAGCUUUGCAGAUCCAUGAAUUUGACCGUGGCCCCAUGGGAGCCAGACCUUAAUAGUGGAAAUCUGCGAAUACCAAAAUCCCACGACUCUAAACACAUUUUCAGUGCAUCGUUGUCAGCAUUAAAAACACGCUGCUGUCGUCCUUAACUCACCAGGCCCCAAGAUGACAGCAAAUUUACAUUUUUUAAUUAAAACGAGUGCUCUGUAUUUUUUGUGUGUGUUUUAUAAAAAGGGCUGGCUUAUGCAAAUGAAAUGGUUGUGUAGUAAAGAUUAGCAGAGUUUAGAAAUAAAUUUUCCCAACAUACUGACACAUGGAAAGAAAAAGUGGCUGUUUUUCCUGCAAGUCUUUUAGACUAAUUUCCCCAGGGGUUGGGAGGAGACUGAUGCCAGAUUUGCGUUGUGGUAUAUAACAGGGAAUGCAGCACUCUUGUGACAUCACAGCGUCGGCGAGUCACAUGUGACUGCGCAGUACGUAAGUGGACACAUAUCUGUACCACCUUACAUGCCAGUAAUGGCUAAACUUUGGAUCUGCAGAUAUGCACGAACUACAAUUGCCAUGGUUGGCUGAGCAUCAUGGUAACUGCAUUGCCAAGGCUAUCCAUGGCAGUGUCAGGGCAAAAAUAUACACUUUUCCUUAUAGUGCAGUAAUUUCGGAUCAUGGCAAUUUAUCGCCAUUAGGAACAAUUCUGUAUCUGCAGACGUAUUUUCUGUAUGUAGUGAAAACUAAAAAAAUGGCAGUGCUUGUAUCAAAACACUAAAUUGAUUUGUAAGCGUUAAAUACAGUUUCUUUUGUAUUAAAAACACGUAUUCUCUAAUUGUCAUUUCCCCCAUACAGUAAGAUAGGUAGUAGUGUAGUGUCGUCUUGGCCUUCACAAAUCGAUUGCAUUUGGGGGGGUUGGUAUCAUGGAUAUGGCAAAAAAGUUAAAUGAACUUGUUAUAUAUAUUAUUAAUGUACGAGUUGCCUUUGGAGUGGCAGUUUAAGGCAUUAUCACUAAACAGUGAACUGGGGCAAGCCAAGAAACAAGUCGCAUAAUUUACACUAAAAUAAACGAUUUGGGAACGAGUUUAAAAACAUCUGAUUUGUAGAAUUCAUUCCUACCAUAUAUUUUAACUAACAUUUUGGAGCUUGGUUCUUGAAUUAUCACAACUUUCAGUUUUGUGAAUGAAUCCAUACAUUAUAUACCCACUAUAGUAAUACAGGGUCUGGUUAUCAUGCGGCUGCAGGUUAGUCCAUCCUUACUAUUCCUUGGAUAGUGAGCAUUGUAGCAAGAAAAAAAGUCUAGAUUUCCAGAAAGUUCUGUCCUCUUUCUCUCUAAGGUCAUUGUGAACUAUUAGAAAAGCAAAGACUUUUUAAUAAACAUAGGGCUGUGAAAAUCAGGAGAGAUAACCGGACAUUUUUAUGUCUUUUCCCAGUAAACCAUGUGUUUGUGCACACAGUGAACAAAAUAUUUACCUUUCAUAUCUUUUCUACAAAACUUUAUUUUUCCCCUUUUAAUAGAAUUGGGGGGACGGAGGGUGGAGUCAGGACCCCCAAACACACUUUUUUCUUACAUUAAGUGUCAUGGAACAGCAAAAAAAAAAAAAAAAAACCACAUUUAUUUGUUUUGUUUUUUGUUUAUACAUUCCUUCAUUUGAAACUAAGGACACGCUUACACUCAUUACGUGAUUUGUUCAUGAGACAGGUUGUUUAACUUUUUCCUUGUGAGUAUUGUUUCAAUCACUGCAUUAGUUCUAUCGUCUCACAGGUGAAAACAUUACAUUUAGCGGAUUAUGUAAAGGUCCAAAAGCAGUCUGUUUGGAUCAUCAUGUUUGUAAAUGUAAGGGAGCUGGUUCUGCCAUGCUUGGGGUGCUGGUGGUCGUGGGCAUGUAUUGUGCAUCCUGUCAUUACCCAGUGCUGGUACCAGCCUGGCAGAUGGCAUCAUUGGCAAAACCAGAACAACAUUUCACCAGUCAAGUCCCUCCAAAUCGUAAAUGAGCUCAGUCGGGCCUGCUCCGCGUAGGCCGAACAUACCGACCUGGUAACAUGGGUUCAAUAUUACUAAUAACCCUACGUAACCCCACACAUAUCCUGUAUCAAGGCUGGUAGAGAAUUAAGGGGGACGAUAGUACAACAAGUGGAAAAAUAAUGUUUUGACACCUUAACAUAUAUACCGUGACACCUUAACAUGUAUACCGUGACACCUUAACAUGUAUACCGUGACACCAUGACAUGUAUACCGUGACACCAUGACAUGUAUACCGUGACACCUUAACAUAUAUACCAUGACGCCAUGACAUGUAUACCGCGACACCUUGACAUGUAUACCGUGACACCUUAACAUGUAUACCGUGACACCAUGACAUGUAUACCGUGACACCAUGACAUGUAUACCAUGACAUGUAUACCAUGACAUGUAUACCACGACACCUUAACAUGUAUACCGUGACACCAUGACAUGUAUACCGUACACCUUAACAUGUAUACCGUGACACCAUGACAUGUAUACCGUACACCUUAACAUGUAUACCGUGACACCAUGACAUGUAUACCGUACACCUUAACAUGUAUACCGUGACACCAUGACAUGUAUACCGUACACCUUAACAUGUAUACCGUGACACCUUGACAUGUAUACCGCGACACCUUGACAUGUAUACCGCGACACCUUGACAUGUAUACCGCGGCACCUUGAUAUGUAUACCGCGGCACCUUGAUAUGUAUACCGCGACACCUUAACAUGUAUACUGUGACACCUUAACAUAUAUACCAUGACAUGUAUACCAUGACAUGUAUACCGCGACACCUUGAUAUGUAUACUGUGACACCUUAACAUGUAUACCGUGACACCCUAACAUGUAUACCGCGACACCUUAACACGUGACACCAUGACAUGUAUACCGUGACACCUGAAAUAACAUUCUAUAUCUACUCAUGAUUUUAAUUCAAGUAGCCAGAACUUGCUGAGGUAGUUAUGGCUAGGGUAUGAAAUUAGAUAAGGCCCUGCAAGUUCCUGGGUCAGUCGCUGUCUCGAUUUCCUGGCUGAUUUCGGAAUUCAUUGUGUAUAUAUAUAUAUAUUUAUGCAUAUUUUGUUUACUUUUGUCCAGCUGUUCAUCCCCUCCCUAAAACGCAAAACAUAUUCUGAAUAUAAAGGAAGUAUCAGUUUUUCUGCGCGUGUACAUCCUGUGAAACCACAAAUAAUUACACAUACAUACAUACAUGCAUCUCAAUAAAUGCACAGAACUCUUAGAAAGGCCAAUCUGGUUUUAUUCUGCAAUGCACACUAGCAGUACUGAGGGCAAUCAGCCCUAAAUUGUGCACCUGCAGGCCAUUGUGUCUGUGUGUGUGUGGAGGGAUAUAAAGACCCCUAAACAGAGCACUGCUGAACUGACCGAGCCUAUACAUACAAUUACAAUUUCAGCAAAAUAUUAAUUUAUAGAUGUAGCUAUUUUUUUCUAAGAUAGACACAGCAACCUAGCUGGUUACAAUAGCUUUGCACCAAUGGUGCUCCCUUUGAAAGUAAUGAUUUACUGGGGCCCCUACAUUGUGAUAUCAAAUAUUUUCUAUUAAAUUCCCAUUGGUUUCAAUUUGAUAAUAGUAUUCUGUUUGUAUGAAACUAUGAGUGUUACAGUAAUUCUGACUCACGCAUAACAUUGGGACUUCGGUUCAAAGUUCUAAAAGUGGUAAUAUCACCAUGGAAACACACAAACUUUGCUCCAGAAUUGAUAGAGUUGUACCUAUUCCAGUUCCUGACAGAUUUAUAUAUAUAUCGGACUUAUUAAUUGCAUAACAUUAUCAGUUGACAUUUGCUUAUGGUUUAUGUUUUUGUUUUGUUUUUACCUGGUGGUAAAAUGAAUUUUUUACACAUUCAGUUAUUCACUAAAGUGAGAAUUGAAAGGGAAUUUACAGAUUCAAAGUAUAUUUCACAUUGAAGGCCAAAAUAGCCAAGCUUGAACAAUUCUCUAAUCUACGCUUUCAAUUCAGCUACUCUGGCCUUAAACUUGAAAUUCACUUUUAAUUAUCACUUAGGUAAAUGCCCCUGACAGUAGCAGUUAACUGGAAAUCUUUCUGGGUUAUUAACUAAAGUGGAAAUUCAAUGUGAAAUUAGCCAAACCGGAAAAAAGCUCUAAUUCAGCUACGCCUUCAGUUUGACUACUCUGGCUUUAAACUUGAAAUUCACUUAGAAUUUUCACUUUAUUUAAUAACAAUGCUAGCAAGAAUUCCUAGAAUUAUUAUUUAUGGGGAAAAGUCCAAUCUUUCCAAAGGUUUUUUUAUUUUUUUCAUGGACUUAUCAGAACAAUACAUUUAGGCUGUUUGUUUUUCUUAUCUGCAAAUGUUAUAACUUUUGGGAAAUAAUAGUGGAAUAUCAUCAAUCCAUUUUAAAUGUGGAGUUUAAUGCCCAACUUUGCUGUUGUUUAAGGCACGGUGGGGUAAACUCUGCUGCUCUCUAAUUGCCUUCUCAUAGAGGUUUGUAGCUGUCCUUGUUCAAGAGUUGUGGGAGUUGCAGUGUGAACUGCUCCGUUCACUAUAUAGACAACAGAGAGGACCUAGCUGCCAGAUGACACGCUGUGUUCUGGUUUUGGUGCUGGUUGCGCCCCUUCACGUUUGACCGAGAAAUUUCUCCUUUUAUAUAAAAGAAGUCUAAUGGCUGACCAACACCGCAAUGGUGUACUCCGCACUUUACAGGUUACAUUACAGUAGAGGGAGGUACAGUAAGUGCAGUAGGUAUACAGUGUAUGUAUAUCAUAUUUAUAUAGCGCUAACAGGUGUGCUCAGCACUUUACAGGUUACAUUACAGUAGAGGGAGGUACAGUAAGUACAGUAGGUAUACAGUGUAUGUAUAUUAUAUUUAUAUAGCGCUAACAGGUGUACUCAGCACUUUGCAGGUUACAUUACAGUAGAGGGAGGUACAGUAAGUGCAGUAGGUAUACAGUGUAUGUAUAUUUUAUUUAUAUAGCGCUAACAGGUGUACUCAGCACUUUACAGGUUACAUUACAGUAGAGGGAGGUACAGUAAGUGCAGUAGGUAUACAGUGUAUGUAUAUUAUAUUUAUAUAGCGCUAACAGGUGUACUCAGCACUUUACAGGUUACAUUACAGGAGAGGGAGGUACAGUAAGUGCAGUAGGUAUACAGUGUAUGUAUAUUUUAUUUAUAUAGCGCUAACAGGUGUACUCAGCACUUUACAGGUUACAUUACAGUAGAGGGAGGUACAGUAAGUACAGUAGGUAUACAGUGUAUGUAUAUUUUAUUUAUAUAGCGCUAACAGGUGUACUCAGCACUUUACAGGUUACAUUACAGGAGAGGGAGGUACAGUAAGUGCAGUAGGUAUACAGUGUAUGUAUAUUUUAUUUAUAUAGCGCUAACAGGUGUACACAGCACUUUACAGGUUACAUUACAGUAGAGGGAGGUACAGUAAGUGCAGUAGGUAUACAGUGUAUGUAUAUUUUAUUUAUAUAGCGCUAACAGGUGUACUCAUCAAUUUAUAGCUUACAUUACAGUAGAGGGAGGUACAGUAAGUGCAUUAAGUAUGCAGUGUAUAUUAUUUACAGGCUACAUUACAGUAAAGGGAGGUACAGUAAGUGCAGUAGGUAUACAGUGUAUGUAUAUUUUAUUUAUAUAGCGCUAACAGGUGUACUCAGCACUUUACAGGUUACAUUACAGUAGAGGGAGGUACAGUAAGUGCAGUAGGUAUACAUUGUAUGUAUAUUAUAUUUAUAUGGCACUAACAGGUGUACUGAGCACUUUACAGGUUACAUUACAGUAGGUAUGCAGUGUAUGUAUAUUUUAUUUCUAUAGCGCUAACAGCUGUACUCUGAACUUUACAGGUAAGUGCAAUAGGUACACAGCUAAAUAAAAAUGACCUCUUAGCAUAUAACCGUAAAACCAUGUAAUGAAGUAAUAUAUGUUUUCAUCCCCAGUUCAGUAGACGUUCAGUCCAAUAGGUACAUUUACUGAAUAUGGCCCGAUCCACUGUACUAACCCACAAUAAACUACACCUCAGUUAUCCAGCAGUGGAUCAUGGGAUUUGUAGUUCUUCAACAGCUGGAGAGCACAGGCAUUCCUGUUUGAGUGUAUGCUGUAGAUUUUUGCUCUGAGCUCCUCAAUUAUUUCAGAGAAGCAGCUGUCAAAUGGAGCUUCUAGGGAGGGGGCAGACAAGCUGACUUUGUUCCAUGGUUUGAAUUAAGGAGAAAAAAUGACACUCAAUCAGCCCUGGGUGACUGGCACACCUGUCAGCUGAGCUAAGUAAGCAGUGCUUGUCAGACCAAGGAGGGCAAAAUACAGAGGACAUUUCGAUAUUCUUGCUUUGCCAUCACUUACUAGAGGGGAGGUCGCUCAGACUAAGUGGGGUUAAACCCCAAAUGAAGAUCUGGGAGAGGCAGAAGAUUUCACGUUAUGUGCCCCAGUAAUUAGCAGGUUGUUAACUCCAAUUCCUUUUAUCCACCCAGUAGCUACAUCCAAUACAGAGUAAGUAGACACGCUAUAUUUGUUGAUGUUUGUAGAACAUCAAGUAAUGUAACUGAAAUUUACAAACAGUUUUAAAUGUAUCCCUAAUCACAAAAAAUAUAUAUUCUAUAAUAAAUGGAUGUGUAUAUAUAUAUAUAUCCAGGGCCCUGUUUAACCUUGCACUGCAGAGAGUCCCAUGAGUGAGGAUUUCCUAAGUAAGUGGAUUAAUUGCAUAAGAGCACGCAUUAGGCUUCUAGAAUAGCACCUGCCAAAAAUGGGGUACAUUGACGUUGUGACAGGCUUAUGGAAUGUAUGAUCACAUAAUGUAACUGAACCCCAUUAUUUUUGCCUAGGUGAGGUGUUUUUAGAAAAAAACUUACAUUCUGUGAGCUUUAAAUUCUUACCCCAGCAACUUACUCAAACGGUGUUCUGUUAACCUGUGAUGUAGAAACAGGUCGCGAUCUGAUUGAAACGUUGGCUUGCUUGGUGUGUAGUGAUAAUCCUUCUAUAUUACCUCCCUACCUUUUGCUUGAACAAGUCACUCUGUGCUAAUUAUUGGUGCAGCUUUGUUAUGGCAGAUUUUUUUUUUCCGCACAAGUUGUAGAAAGAUAUUUAUUUAAUCAAAUUCAUAAAUCUUUCUGCAUUUUAUUUAUGAAUAAGAUAAACAGUGUUUCAUUAAAAAUCAAAUUUUCGAGCGCACGCUUUUCUAGGUUUUGGGGUGUCUGGUUGGGAGAUUUCUUUUUUCACUCAUACUUACCAGAGUUUGCCCUUAGGCCGAAACCUGAUUUUGAUUCCUCAACACAAAUGACAGUAAAUAAUUAGUUGUCUGGAUGCUCCCAGUUAGCUGGUGCUUGUGUGAUUAGGUCCAAAUUCCGGAAUCUUAACGUGUACCCUCCCUCUGGCUCUGAAAUGGUUAAUGAGUGUCGGUUUAUCCCCAGGGUGGGGAAUACAAGUGAACUGGGCUGAAUAGAGCGUCCGUCUGGCCUAGAGGGGUGAUAAGGCUGCACACUAUGCCCCUGGUAAGGGGUUGCUGCCCUCCCGGGUGCACUGAGACUCCGCAGUGUCAGCGCUCUUCUGCUUGCGCACGCACUUGUACUUGAAGUAAAUUUGUUUUGCAAGGGCAACCUGUUUAAUCAUUUCAUCCUCUAGCGGCUGUGUGUUCGUUUGGUUUCCGUGGUUACGGGACCAUUAAGUAGAAGUUAGCAAUAAGGUAGCGGAGUCAAACAGGUAAUAAAAAAAUUAAGGCCAUUUUGGGCCCAGAGAAGACAUACAGAGGAAUGUGGCGAUGCAUAGACUGAGAGAAGGGGCACUCAGCAAAGCUUGAUGGGCACCUAGAGCCAUCAUUGAAAUCCAGCUGAUUAUAGACAAGAAAAGCUGGGCAUGUUUAUCCUGCCCUCCCUCUGCUGCUUUAACCAGUCUGCUGCCAGAGGUCUGAGCAAAUCUGGUCAACCCUGCAGACACGGUUUAGUGGGUCCCAUUCACUUUUUAGGCACCUAGACUCUAUUAGGGGAGAUUAAUUAUGGAUCCAUGCGUUCACGCCUUACUCCCCUUAUUGCUCCACUGUCGGACAAUGUGUUAUGAUAGCCCUUGGAGGCCUGUGACUUCUUUUACAAAACUGAUGAUUGCCCUUUGAUUCAGGUUGUUUAAUAGAAUAUGAGUGACCUCUUUACCACCAUCUGCCAGAAUAUUGCACCAUCCAUUAACUGGGCAGUUUCACUACUUGCUGGGUGUUUGGGAUAUGGUUAGUUAUCACCUUUUCAGGGACUUUGGCUGUCAGUGGAAGGUGAUAGGUAUACGGUAGGAUCAUUGGAGUUUGGUCAUGUUUUUUUGGAGGGAUAGAGGCAUUAGCAGGGGUUAGUGAUGGAGUAUGUCUACUGCUAGAUUAGGUCAUCCUAUAGCACAAGGUGCUUUCCCUCCAUAGGGAGAUGCAAUGACAAUACACGGAUUCUGAUGUUUAGAUGUUCUGUGCAUUCUGUUAGAAGUACUCAGGCCUAUAAAAUUUAGUUUCAUUGAUUUUUCAAGCUCAGCCAGUUAUGUACGGCUCAGCAAUUACCGUUAGAAAGCAGGAAAGGCCGUAAAAAAUACUAUAUUCCUUAGAUGCCUUCUACCAUGUUAUUAUCCUGGCAAAUCAGCCCAGAACUGUAAGAAAGAGCCUGGUAUCAGCGACUGUCACGUGUUAAUAGUUCGAAAGUAACAGGAAAUCAGCUGAUACCGAUACAACCACCCUGUUUAUCACGGGUGUCCAAACAUGGACUUUCAGCUGCUGAAAUGCACCUUUUCCCAUGAUUAUAGGAUUUCUAGUCCAGCAAUAUCUGAUUGUCUCUGGAUACAACACCAUCUGCUAGAACUUGGACAAGUCCUGCAGUGCCACAACAUGGCUUUAAUGGUGGCCGCCCCUCCCCAGCCUGUUAAAUCAUCUAAUAAUCAAUCUGAUCUCCCCAGCCACUGAACUGCCAGGUGGACAAGCGUUUUCUAAGUAGUUUUAUCUAUAAGGAACCUCCAGGAAAGGAAAGACGAGGCAAGAGGUCACAAGCCGAUUCUAGACCCACAAAACUCUGAAUGUUUUAUACAGGCGGAAGCUGCUUCUAAUUGUAAUAAAUACACAGACUAUUUCUCCUCUUGCCCCACAAACCUUCAAUGUCCUGUGAUGCCAUUUGCUAAAAAUCACAGGCUGUGCCAGUUGUCCAUAGGAACAGGUGCCCUGGCUUGUCCCUUUGGCUUUGACAGGGUUUUUGUUAAUAACAUUUUUCGGCAGAGUAAGAAGCCCUUGUUUUGGGAUCUGCCAGCUUUAUUUGCGUGUUCCACUCCGGGGUGGGGAGCAGCCCUUUUUUAAAAACAGUUGCUUGAUUUCUGUAUGUGGCCGAGAAACAGUUGUCCUGCAAAGCGAGAAAUGUUACAACAACUGUGGUUCGUGCCGAUAUGAGGAGGGCAUUUAGAGGGUACGGGCCAUGCAGAAAUGCAGUCCUAAAUAUGAGUCUGUGAGUACAGCCCCAUGGAAGGGGCCUGAACACAAAUUCUGAGGAUUUUAUAUUUACAGACAGUGUAGCAGGAUUCAGGCCUAUAGAUCGCUGGCAGAGAAUCAUGGGAGAUGUAGUCCACAAAAUCCGUAAUGCCAAAAGUUAACCAUCACUUGAUUAGGUUGACCAGGUCCCCUCCCCUUCCUAUUUAUAGGUCAGCCACUCAUAAAAAUCUGUCCUUUGAUUCUGUGUGUCCUUGGAAACUCUUAAUAUGUCUUAAGCGGAAAGCCAAAGUAUUGUAUCACGUACAACAAUUCUCUCCGUCAGUAGAAAAUAUCUACAAUAUCCAUAGUAAUAAAUGUGAAGAAUUGGAAUUAUUCACAUUAUCUAUAAAUACGUGUGUAUGUUUCAGUCCUGAUUAAAUCCCAACAGUGUGGUCAUGUUACUGUAACAUUUACCCUGCUAUUGGACAUGUUGCAUGUUGUGAGGUGUAAACGUGUAUCCCAAAAUGGUAAAAAGGGGCUAUUCUUUGGCUAGAAGCAGCAUCUGAGCAUUAGGAAUAUGAAAAGAUUAUAUCUUGGGGCAUGCUGGCACUAGGUACUUUUAUUUUGAAUACAUUUUUAAUUGAACUAGUUUUGUCGCUUUAGUUGAGAACACAAUGUUUCUCAUGUGAUCCAGAUGAGGUGAUUCCAUUGGCUGAGACAGAGUUUUGACGUAUGUUUCCUGCGAUUUGAUGGGAAGCUGUGUCUCUAUUGUUUGUGGGGCUGGAUAAUGUGUGUAUUUCUGAUUAUUAGUAAUGACUGUCCCACUACUCUUUAUUAUACUGAACCGAAGAAAGAAAAUAGCAAUCAUAUUAAUAAAUGAAUCUAACUUUCAUAUACAAUUAACUAAACUAAUGGAAGGUGAUUGUUUCCAUUCUUUACCUGAACUUAUGUCGAAGACUAAUUGUCCAUAGAAGCUGACACUCUGCUAGAUAAAGUCAUUCUGAGAAAAUCCUGUUUGGACACGAUUAGCAUAGUGAAACUUCUGGUCAUAUUCUGGAUAGUAUUACAAUGUAUUUAUAGAAGUAGUUACUUGCAUGAAAAGACAUUGGUGCUAAAAACGCUCAUCUCAUCUCACGAUGGCACUUUCACUGAGAGGCAUUGGACAUCCAGCAACCAAACAGAUAAUGUGCUGUCCUGAUCUGUAUUUAUUUUUCAGUUCAUGCUUGGGGAAAUUUAUCUAACGUGUUUUAAUCGGGAAAGUAGCGGAAAGUUUUUAAGUGGGGCAGUCACCGUGGAAACCAAUAUUGCAAGCUCUAACAUUCUGUUGGUUUUUCAAACACUUUGCAAUCCUUUUUGGAUCAUGACACUUUGAUAAAACUCCUGUUAUCUGCCAGGAAUUGUCUUGUGUGUGCAGUUGAGCCAGGGAUUGUCUGGAGGCUUCUUGUCAUGGUGGUAUGAGAUUUUCUGACGGAAUAAACACAUUUAGCUGGCUUACAUUAACCAUUACAUUGCUUUUAUCGUACCUCCAGCACCGAAAGGGUCAAAACCAGUAUGUGCGUCUUUGUGAUAGGUUAAUGAUCUCUCCUACUAAAUUGACAAGUGUAUGUGUUCGAAUUAGAUUUAAGGACAAGCUUUGCAAUGAUCCUCAACAUCCUGUUUAAAUCCUUACUAAGCUGGCACAACAGACACUAUUAAACCUAUUGUUCUUGCCGUCUUCGAAAUGUAAUAUUGAGCGAUGCGGCAACAAGGAGGGAAUUCUCAGGGACCAAAUCCUAAAAAGUACAAGGAUGAGAAAUAGUAUAGGACUAUGUUAAUCUGGACCCUUUAUUUCCUCAAAUUCACUUUAUUUAUUAUUUUAAUAUCAUGUAAAAUAUCUUUACAGUUCUGAUAUUAUUGUAUUUUAAUUAAAAUAAAAAAAACAUAAAUAAUUUAGAAACAAAAUUAUUAAAUCUGAACAGAAUACUGUUACACAGGACUUGACAAAUUCAAGGAGUCAGAUAACCUGUGGCACCUCAAAUAAUUACUGCUGUUGCCUACCAUUUUCAGUUAUUUUACACAGAAAUCUUGUGGCAUUCCUUUACUCCACGUUGACCUCCAACUGUCCCAGGUCGGGAUAGUUAAUGCCAUCUAAUCUCUUUGUUCCUUUCUAUAUUUCUGAAACAGUAAUGCAGCACAACGUCUUGCUUACCUCUCUCUGGUGAUGAGUGAGUUAAGUCAGUUCAGCAGGAGACUUACAAUUAUUUGCAAUUCUGGCUGUUUUUGGUAAAAUGAAAUUUAACACUGAUCGUUCUUAACAGCUUCAUCCAAGCGAUGAGAGAAAACAUAACAGGCUCCUGUGUGUCAACUCGCAUUACCAGCCCACAAUCUAGAGGGCAAGUUUGAAGAGGUAGGCCUCCCAUUGUAUUGUUAUUAUUUGUUUUAAUUAUUAGCGAGAAUAUUAUUGUUAGUAUUCAAGUAAAUUUGGAGUUACCGGAUUUUAUAGCAAAAAGUCCAUUGUUUGAUAACCCAUUAAAGACCUCCGAUGAUCUGUACCAUCAUCACUGUCUGGUGUCUUAUUUGCAAAAAAUAUAUUCCCACCUAUUUAGCAGCAGCCUGGUUACCUAGAACUGAAAAUGCUAAAUAAAUGAAUUUUCACCAAAGGCAUAGAAUUUCCCACACAUAAAAAAAUAAAUGAAACACAUGUAGUAAACAGAGCGUGGAAAAGUCUCCCAGCAGAGGUGGUAAUAGGAAAUACAGUGAGGAACAUUUAGUACCAUUGAUUAAAUAACAAACAAAAAAGGCAGGAAGUAGCGAAAUAGCCAUGUGGUUCUUAAAAACGGUUUCUGGUGGGCUUAUUCACUUAACGUUAAAUUGUAAGCUUCAACAAUAGACACGUUGGAAAGUAUUUCUGGUUUGUAAAUUCUAACCUACAAUUUGUAGUUUACUGUUUAUAAACCUCUUUGUGUGCAUAGAUAUAGAUGCCAAGCAAUGCACAUGUUCUCACUAUAUAUGUACAGUACAAGGUAUAGAUCAAAAUCUCUGCCCUGUCACCUGCACAUGGCAUGUAGUGUUGGAUAUCAAAUGACACACUAUAUAAAGAGGAAUAACGCAAGGCAGCUCACUUUAAAGGAGCCAAGUACAGCUGGGGUCAGUAAGUCAAGUGUCUGGCUCUACUAGUGAGCGGUACUUCCUGCCUGAUCACCACAUCUAACCCAUCUCUGUACAGGACUGGCUGGAAAUUAACCUGUUAUAUCCCUCCUACUGCAUUCAGGAAGGGUUCUGUAUUGGGUAAUAGUGUGUUAUUUUACUGUCUUCCUGAAACGUAGCAAUUUUUAACCUACUGAUGAUGAGCAGCUGGCUGAGCACCAUGGGCUGUGUAGUCCAGGUUAGCCUCCCCCUACCCAGACAUGAUACUUUUCUCCUUGGUGUCAUAAUUCCCUAGAGUUUCAGCUCCUAAGUCACACGCUUCACCCCUGCCUCACAGUAGCGCAAGAGUUGCAGCGCACUCAGGCCUCGCAGGAAUGAGCGCAAGCUGCAUGGACGACUUCUGUAUGGAAAUGAAGAAUUUAGGCUAAUGGAGCUCAACCAUUUCUAAUUUUGUGAUGGCAAGAGGAUUUUGAUUGAAAGUAAUUAAGCAAGCUAGCUGUAAAAUUAAUUAAAGCAGGGAGGGGGGGGGAUUUUUAUUGGAUUGGAUAGCGAUAUAGCGGCUGUCAGAUGGGGGACGGAUGGGGGUGACCUGAAUUCUCUGCCCUCCCUCCUCCCACCCGGGACGUUUAUGUCACUUUAAUCUCCUUACAGCGGCUGGUGUGCAUUUGUUUGAAAUAAUCAAGGAAAUAUGGUCAGAAAUUGUCAGCUUUCAGAUCUAAUUUACCUGACAGCCUCUCGCCGGAGAGGGGGACGUUGUGCCUCAGUGUGGGCUUGUGUGUGUGUUUGUGGCUGUGUAGUCAGCACACUGCUUGUGUUACCUGGGAAAUAUUGCUUAUUAUAACUGUCACUCCAUGUCUUGUCAUGUUGUGUUCUCCCCAAUGAGGGUGCAUGCACUGAUUACUUGCAUUGAAUGCUGUCACCAAACGAUGCUGAUUCACUGAAUGCUGCUAUUUUAUACCAUCUGCCCCCUUCCACCUCCUGACGGGUUUAGAGUCUAGCGUGUAUAGGAUUAGCACCGUGGCUAUAAUUCCUAUUUCCAUAUGGCAGACAACAGCUAAACCCGUGGCAAUCCCGCUGUUAUUUCCUGCCAGCAAAUAAGCUUUUAUGUAUGUGGAUAUUGUCACUUAAUAAAGGUAAUAACAGUGGAUCUUUCCAAACCCGAAAAUGAUCUCCCUCACAUAGAAUACAGGUCAGAUGGGCAGGGUUCGUUACUAAAGUGUAGAUAGCAAGCGUGAAUUAAAAGUUUCAGGCCAAAAUAACAAUAUGGCAGACAUGGAGAAUUUAGAGAAUAACCCUGCUGAAUUUCCGAGCGAAUGUUCAGAUUCAUACACCGAUAUACUACAAACCAAUCAGAAUGUCUCAAGCUUCACGUCUGCUCCUUGAUAAAUGAUCUGCUUGAACACAGGUGUAAAGUGAGUGAUAUCUAUAUAAUCGGAGUUAUGAUCGGAUUCACGUUCCUUCUUUAUCUUGGACAUUUGUUGCGUCCACUGAUAAUGAUGUCAUUAACAUAAAGAAAAAAAUAAAUACAUUGGUUUUGGUAAUUAUUACGGAAAUACAAUGUGUCUACUACAUUUGUAUUCAUUAGAAAUAAAGGCCAGCUCCUUGAAUCCUAGCAUGGGGGUAACUGCUUUUACAAUAAAUGGGUAUUAAUUGCAUGCAUCUUCCGCAUCAUGUUGGCAGCUGUGCUUUUUACAAAAGACUCUUUCCACAAGUAUUUGCCACCCAAAUGCAACCGGUUCAGCCCUUCAGUGCGCUGUGACCUCUUAGGACCCUGUUUCUUAACAGAGCAAGCUGCCUCUGCAACAGGCCCUUAUUCUAGGAUUCGUUUUCUCUGGCUCCAAAGCUGACUUUUCCUGCCAGCAUAGGGCACUGGAAAUUGCUGGCACUGCCAAAACCCAGUGUGUGCGAGAGCUCCCCAAACAUCCCUUUAUUUUUAUUGUUCUGUUAAUUACUGUUUAAACUUUAAUAAGUCACUUCGUCAGGAGGGGAUCUCUAGUGAACUGAUCUGUGCAAACAGAGCGCUCCCGUGGACCUCGCUUAAAUCGGAGCCUUUUCUCCAGUGUGGGAAUGUUUGCUUAGGAGAAAAACCUGUUAUUUUAGGGAGAACUAACAGAAAAUAAGAAUUGCGACAGUUAAAUUAUGGGAUCUGCGAAGCAGACAGUUUCAGAGGACCCUGGCCAUGUGAAGUCAUUCGGACACACGGGAACGGGGAUGCAAAAAAUGUAGCAUGGCAGCCAGACACACUCACAGUAGCUGAUAGAAUCUUGUAAAGCCUGCGAGACAUGCAGGACAUUGAGAUUGGAGACACCUGUGCAGCUUCUCUGAUACCUUCAAAGAUGUGCUACUUAUCAGGGGUGCAAGUUUAGAAAUGUAAAGACUUUUUUUUUGGGGAGAUGCCAGUGUUUGUGUAUUUGUGUAUGUAUGACGGUAUGUGUAUAUGUUUGUGUGUAUACUGAUAGACAGACAGAUUGAGAGAGAGACAGACAGAUACCUGUGGUUUGUGAACAUAGGUGGGGGGGGGGGUGUGUAUCACACAUGCAGAUAAAUAUGCAACACAUCUGUCUCCUGUGACUAAGGAAAGCUUCGAUAAAAAAGCCAGGAAAUUUCCAUAUUUGUGUAAAUUGCUUUAAAAGCAUUUUAUCUUGUCAUAAAAAGCCGGAGUGCUGUGCGAAUGGUCCUGGCCUGAGAUGAUUGGACAGCAGUGCACGGCUGCUAAUGGCCAUUUUGCUCCAGGGUGGCUUAUUAAAAAAUUUAUACACAAAUGCUUAAAAUUGCAUAAAUUAUUAAAAAAAAAAAAAGAAGAAGAAGAAGAAGAACCAACUAAGCAGUUUAAUCACAACCCCUCCUCUCCCACUGCCGUCCAUGACAAUGAAGCAAACACAAGCAUGAUUUGUGUGUGUUUGUCGGGCAGACAUGACAAUGCAGAGCCGUUAAGUUGUAUCAUGACAGGCUAAAGCUGGGCUGGUUUGGCAAAGCAUGGGACAUUUGUAGGGUGCUAUGGUGUGUUGGGGUGCAUAUGGACAAAUAAAGGAUACUAUGGGGUGUUAGGGUAUAUAAGUGUAAUGACAGCUGGAAUGUAUAGCUGUAUAUGGGCAAUCGAUUGCAUGCCCGGGUGUCUGUGGGUAUAUAUGGGCAGCCUGUAGAGUACCUGGGUAUAUGGGGGCAAUCUGUAUGGUGCUAGGUGUGGGUAUUUGGGGGCAAUCUGUAUGGUGCUAGGUGUGGGUAUAUGGGGGCAAUCUGUAUGGUGCUAGGUGUGGGUAUAUGGGGGCAGUCUGUAUGGUGCUAGGUGUGGGUAUAUGGGGGCAAUCUGUAUGGUGCUAGGUGUGGGUAUAUGGGGACAAAAUGUAGGGAGAUGGAUGUGGGUAUAUGGGGGCAAUCUGUAGGGAGGUGGAUGUGGGUAUACGAGGGCAAUCUAUAGGGAGAUGGAUGUGGGUAUAUGGGGGCAAUCUGUAUGGUGUUAGAUGUGGGUAUAUGGGGGCAAUCUGUAGAGAGAUGGGUGUGGGUAUAUGGGGGCAAUCUGUAGGGAGAUGGGUGUGGGUAUAUGGGGGCAAUCUGUAUGGUACUAGGUGUGGGUAUAUGGGGGCAAUCUGUAUGGUGCUAGGUGUGGGUAUAUGGGGGCAAUCUGUAUGGUGCUAGGUGUAGGUAUAUGGGGGCAAUCUGUAUGGUGCUAGGUGUGGGUAUAUGGGGGCAAUCUGUAUGGUGCUAGGUGUGGGUAUAUGGGGCAAUCUAUAUGGUGCUAGGUGUGGGUAUAUGGGGCAGCUAUAUGGUGCUAGGUGUGGGUAUAUGGGGGCAAUCUGUAUGGUGCUAGGUGUGGGUAUAUGGGGGCAAUCUGUAUGGUGCUAGGUGUGGGUAUAUGGGGGCAAUCUGUAUGGUGCUAGGUGUGAGUAUAUGGGGGCAAUCUGUAUGGUGCUAGGUGUGAGUAUAUGGGGGCAAUCUGUAUGGUGCUAGGUGUGGGUAUAUGGGGGCAAUCUGUAUGGUGCUAGGUGUGGGUAUAUGGGGGCAAUCUGUAUGGUGCUAGAUGUGGGUAUAUGGGAACAAAAUGUAGGGAGAUGGAUGUGGGUAUAUGGGGGCAAUCUGUAGGGAGAUGGAUGUGGGUAUACGAGGGCAAUCUGUACGGAGAUGGAUAUUGGUAUAUGGGGGAAAUCUGUAUGGUGCUGGGUGUGGGUAUAUGGGGGCAGUCUGUAUGGUGCUGGGUGUGGGUAUAUGGGGGGAGUCUGUGGGAGAUGGAUGUGGGUAUAUGGGGGCAGUCUGUGGGAGAUGGAUGUGGGUAUAUGGGGACAGUCUGUAUGGUGCUAGGUGUGGGUAUAUGGGGGCAGUCUGUGGGAGAUGGAUGUGGGUAUAUGGGGGCAGUCUGUAUUCUCUGCCCUCCCUUUAUGGUGCUGGGUGUGGGUAUAUGGGGGGCAGUCCGUAUGGUGCUGGGGUGUGGGUAUGGGGGGCAGUAUGGUGCUAGGUGUAGGGGCAGUCUGUAUAUGGAGAUGGAUGUAUGGGGAGUCUGUGGUGCUGGGUGUGGGUAUAUGGGGGCAGUCUGUGGGAGAUGGAUGUGGGUAUAUGGGGGCAGUCUGUGGGAGAUGGAUGUGGGUAUAUGGGGGCAGUCUGUGGAAGAUGGAUGUGGAUAUAGGGGCAGUCUGUAUGGUGGUGGGUGUGGGUAUAUGGGGGCAGUCCGUAUGGUGCUGGGUGUGGGUAUAUGGGGGCAGUCUGUAUGGUGCUAGGUGUGGGUAUAUGGGGGCAGUCUGUAUGGUGCUGGGUGUCGGUAUAUGGGGGCAGUCUGUGGGAGAUGGAUGUGGGUAUAUGGGGGGAGUCUGUAUGGUGCUGGGUGUGGGUAUAUGGGGGCAGUCUGUGGGAGAUGGAUGUGGGUAUAUGGGGGGAGUCUGUAUUGUGCUGGGUGUGGGUAUAUGGGGGCAAUCUGUAUGGUGUUAGAUGUGGGUAUAUGGGGGGAGUCUGUAUGGUGCUGGGUGUGGGUAUAUGGGGGCAGUCUGUGGGAGAUGGAUGUGGGUAUAUGGGGGGAGUCUGUAUGGUGCUGGGGUAUGGACAUAAUUGCACAAUUUGUAGGAUACACGAUUUUUCUUUAACUGUGAAUGCCAACUAACAUUGUAUUCCUGUUGUAUUUUAUACCCCUUGCCAUUAAAUUGCUGCACUCUGACUGGGGAUGAAAUAACAGGCAGAAAAGGCAGCACUACACUGCAUGCUGGGAUUAUACGUGAAUAUCUGUAUCCGCCACCAUUUCCUGUCUUUACAUCUUCAGUAUUGUCUGAUUUGAGGAAUACUGUGCUAAUUGGGAAACAGAUAAUUGGGGCAACGUUUUAAAAGUGCAGCAUUCACCAUCAAGGCAAGUGAAAUGUCCCUACAGAUUCUUUUCACUUCAGUGGUGAUUGUUUCAUUGUCAACACUUUGCCCCAUCAUAAUCUCUAUAGCUCCAACAUAUUCCACAGCGCUUUACAAUAUUACAGAAGAUAAUUGACAAAAUAAAGUCGAUGAGGAAGAAGGCCCUGCUCAAAUGGUCUAUGAAUUGGGGUAGAAUAGCAUAACAUAAGUAAAUUGUACAUUUCUAAUUGAGUGAAUACUCACCAAGUCACAGACAGAUUGUUUAGCCUGUUCCCUAGGCCCCCUGCUUUAUCCCAACAUUCUUACAAUGUAAAGGUGAGUAAAGGGGCCAACUGCACUUCUACCACGAAAUUCCAGUCUACCUGAUUCUCAGCUCUCCGAGCACCUGUCCAUCAAACAGCAGGAGCCAUGGCUAGCAAUAUAGAAACCAGUAAAAAGUUGCUCUAUCUAGGCAACAAUGGCUUUGCAGAACCCCUGGCCACGGAGAGAGCCUACGGAGCAGAUGCUUUACAGGGCAAAUAUAGUGUAUUUAUGUAAAGUGCGCUGGAUGAUGGCGCGUUUGUGUGAUAAAUACACAGAUGUGAGCGUGUGUGUUUUUGUGUGAGUGGUUGUCCUAGCAGGCUGGUUUGGGCAAGCAGAGCUGAGCUGGCUUUACAUUGAUUUGUGUCCACAGCACAGCUGACGACCUCUAUAGAGGAACACACAUAAUCAGCCCUGACGCAAAUUAGAUGGUUAUUCGUUUUGAAAAUUGACAGAAAAACAAUAAAAAAGAUGAAAUGCUCCCAAAUCAAUAGAUAUAAUGAAAUUCAAAUAAUCCGAGAGAUGAGGUCUCCAUGGCAACUGAUAAUGUGGAAAAGAAAACAAUUUAAUAAAGGACAGACACACUUUGCAAACAGAUUGGCAAAGGGGGGGCGGCGGGGGCCUGGUUACUGCGUCUCCGUGAAGGAUCACUGUCCGUCCCAAGGACGGCUGCAAUAAUUAAGAGGGCCUUUCGGUCCAGAAAGUGCAGAUUCAGGUUUUAAUACACAAAAUUAUUUCAGGAGCAGUGAAUCGGAAAGUCGUUUGUUUUGACCUUCCAGUGAGGCCUGCAGCAGGGCAUGCCGGAGACGCCAGGGCUGGAAGGGCUGAGUUAUGGCAUAUUUGUGUUUUUAUAGAGCUGAGGGGAGGGGGAGAGGUUAAACAGUAUUUACAGCUCACUUGUUUUCAGAAGGAGAAAGAAAUCGAGUUUAUGGGGAAAAAAAUACAAGAGGUGGAUUGAUUUUUUUUUUUUUUUUUUUUCGUGGUUCCAUAGUUAGGAAGCGUUGGGAAAUAUCGGGGGAUUGUACUUUAUAUUCCUCUCCUUACUGCCAUACGGGGUAUGAUUGGCACCCAAUACAUCUGUAUAUUCUAUUUCAUUAUAAAAAUUGCACGAUAACCUUGUUUUAAUUUGUGUGGAAAACAUGAAAUUGGGACUGUCCUGGUGACAUACAUGUUUUCCAACGUGCGUUUAUGGGGCUAUAUUGCCCUGUAUUGCUGAUGAACUUGAAAGGUCAUUUACCGUGGAUUGGAUGUUGAUGGAAACUCAUUUCUAAGCUCUAUAAUCCGGGAGGAGAUAGAACACAUUGCAAAAUACCACUGGGUUAAGCUUUCCUCCUCUGGCCCCUAAUAACCUUAUUCUAUAUUCUGCUAAAUUUAAAUCAUUGCUGCAUGGGGGGAUUCCUUUACCCAACUGCUGUCCUUGAGUUAUUAGCCAAAAAUGAAGCAUUGAAGUCUUCUGUUUCAAAUGAGUUAGACACACAAUCUCCUUGGCUGUACCCAUCCCACCAUGAUGCCUUUUCUAUCUUUGGAGCCCCCGUAUGAGGUCUCCUGAGACUGACAGUUUGGUUUCUAUAUGUUUAACAUUUUCUGUUAAUUUGACGUUAAAUAGAAACAUCAACACAUUUUUUUUAAGCUUUUUGAAUUCUAAAUGUUACAGUGUGCCCCAAAAAUUGUAUGUUUGUUUAGAGUUUAAAAGAGGUGAGAGUAACAGUUAUUCUGUUUGGGUAUUUUCUUUAACCUAUUGUACAAGCAGCAGACGUGUGGUAAUCCACAUGUUUAUGUAGUCCUGAGUAUUUCUCUGUGUGAAACAAAAACAUUCUUUGUUUUUAAAUGAGCGUGUUCCUAAUUUGUAAUAAUGUGUAUGGGAUAUAGACUCUCAUCUCAUUACAUACACCAGUGUGGUGCCGGGCUGGGCCAGACUUCUACUCUCGACAAAACAGGCAAAGGUACCGUGUUGGAUUGAGGUUGUGGGACUGUGGAUUAAACGGAAGUCACUGUCCUUUGAUGGUCUGCAUGUUGCAGGAGACAAUCACUUUUUGUCCAUGAAUGUUAUAAAGAGCAUUUCUGUCAUCUUUAGUGAGUCUGACCAUUCUCCUCGGUCCUGUCAUUAAAAAAUAGGUUAUGUCAACAACACAGCUGCCUGAUAAUUGCCUUUGUUUAUUGCACCAUUCUCUGUUCGUUCUAACGACAGUAUUGCAUGAAAAUGCUGACUGAUUUUGAUAAAAUGGAACCACCGCAGUCACUUAGCUCAUAUGUCAUGCCCAUUCUAUUUGGUUAAAUCUCUAGCCAUGUCAACAUACUUUAUAUACGGAGUUACUCUACGUGAUUCCCAUUCAAGUUUAACUAAACUCCCCCUCCAUGAACUCUGUUGGGGGAAUAUUUGUUAAAGUACCUAAAUGUGCGACUGCAGCUACAUCCAUCUCCCCGGACAGUUUAACAUCAUCUCGGUGGGAUUUGUUGAAGUUACUACCAAAGCUGAGCAGUGCUUUGUUCAUUAGGUCUCAAUAGUUCUAAUGGAGGCACUGUUCCCUGUUUCUUGCCAUAGUCGCCAUAACCACUUACUUUAGUUUUACAAUUGCAUAAGGAAAAAUCUAUUCAAAAAUCACCAAGUUAGACUUUGAGAACAAGUAAAGUUUCCAACACCCUCCAAAGUAUAGCUGCGAAAGCAAAUCGACCCUGUUUAGCUUUUUAUGUUGUGGACAUGAGAGUUCUUGUAGUCUCUGCGUGGAUGAAUACACUCUGUGCUCACAUUGAGAAUGUUAAAAUAAGUAAAUAACUUUAAGCCCAAAUCAAGAAACUAUAAGAAUUGGCAACAUUUCCCCAGAAUACCAUGGAGACAUAUACAAACACUCACAUCAGGAGCUUUUCGAUUAAAAUCUCCUGUUUUUGUAAUUUCAUUCAGAAAAUGGCUAAUGCAUUAUGCACAACUUUUAGACCAAAGUAAAUGUUUCUAAACCCCAAAAAUCCAGGGGUGCAACAUCCAAAUUUGGAGAUGACCCAAACAUUAUGGAAAUGAUUUUCUUAUUUUCGUUAGGUAGCAAGCAAAUGGUUUGUACGAUAAUAUGUCAGGGAUUUAAACGUUUUCAGAAUUUAGUGAUAUUGUCUCUGCUAAUGGUUAUAAUGCCACAGUUCCCAACAUAUAUUGCCACUAUAUAACCUAUAUUCCCCUGUUCAUGCCAGUUCCAGUGACUGGCACCCGUUAUUAAGAUUUGGCUGAGAUUUAGCGGCUCAGUCGAUGUCCUGGGAAGGGGAUACAUCUUAAAGAAGAAAUAUGUGCUUUCUUAAGCAGUGCUCACACUGAAUGAAAUGUUCAGAAGUCUCGCCAAGGGGUAACUCUUUAUUUGCAAGCAGGGAGUUCACAGUCACACAGACAUAGCUAUAAAGCAGAGUUCAGGGAGCUGACAGCCGGCCCUGGAUUAGGAAAUCUAUAACUCACUGCUCCCCCAAAGCCCCCCCAAGACGGCAUGAUUUACUGAUAUGGAGUGGGAGGAGGGAUGCCUAUAAUAAUGGGAGCUGGGACACUGGCAGUGACAGUGGUAAAGGAAGAACAAUGCAAAAGACAAUGGCAUUUAAUGGACUGCAAUGCAGGAGUCUAUGUCCCCAUUAUCGGAGGACGUGAUGUACACAGUGCGGUCACACAAUAUGCUGGGUAUUAACAGAGGGCAUUGUAAUGGGGCUUGUUUAAACAGGAGACACGGCUGCCCACUAAAUAUAAUGUCUAUAGACAUUGUAAUGAGACCCUAACUAAGCCUGCAGCCAGGGAUGUCAUAGAUCAAAAAAUUUCAACUUCCUUCUUCAACUAUUUAUUUUUUAAUCUAAAAAACAAGAACCGAGAUGAUGUGACAAAGUCCAUAACAACUGAAGCGCUAUUUCAGUCUCAGCCAUUGCAGUAGAAGGACCCGUGCCAUGGGCAGUACGGGCAACCCACCUUCAUAAGCCAAGAGCCCAGCCAUCUGCCUUCCGGACUGUAUGAGCGGUCAUUUAGUAAAUCUUAGUUACCAGACACUAUAUAUAUAUAUGGGCUAGUAUACAGAUUGUAUAGUGGGGCAAUAAUUAAUUCAGGCUAUAUAAGGGGGUAGUUAGAGAAUUAUAUGACAGCUGUCCCAAUACCCGGGGUAGAUUUAAGGCUGUGUAAGUGGACAGUUAGAGAAUGAUCUGACAGCUGUCCCAAUACCCAGGGUAGAUUUAAGGCUGUGUAAGGGAACAGACAAUGAUAUGACAGUGGUCUCUAUACCCGGGGUAGAUUUAAGGCUGUGUAAGGGAACAGACAAUGAUAUGACAGUGGUCUCUAUACCCCGGGUAGAUUUAAGGCUGUGUAAGGGGACAGUUAGAGAAUGAUCUGACAGUGGUCUCUAUACCCGGGGUAGAUUUAAGGCUAUGUAAGGGAACAGAGAAUGAUAUGACAGCGGUCCCCAUACCCGGGGUAGAUUUAAGGCUAUGUAAGGGAACAGAGAAUGAUGACAGCUGUCCCAAUACCCGGGGUAGAUUUAAGGCUAUGUAAGGGGACAGUUAGAGAAUGAUAUGACAGCGGUCCCCAUACCCGGGGUAGAUUUAAGGCUAUGUAAGGGAACAGACAAUGAUAUGACAGUGGUCUCUAUACCCAGGGUAGAUUUAAGGCUAUGUAAGGGAACAGACAAUGAUAUGACAGUGGUCUCUAUACCCGGGGUAGAUUUAAGGCAAUGUAAGGGAACAGAGAAUGAUAUGACAGCGGUCCCCAUACCCGGGGUAGAUUUAAGGCUAUGUAAGGGAACAGAGAAUGAUAUGACAGCUGUCCGUAUACCCGGGUGGAUUUAAGGCUGUGUAAGUGGACAGUUAGAGAAUGAUAUGACAGCUGUCCCCAAACCCGGGGUAGAUUUAAGGCUAUGUAAGGGAACAUAGAAUGAUAUGACAGCGGUCCCCAUACCCGGGGUAGAUUUAAGGCUGUGUAAGGGGACAGUUAGAGAAUGAUAUGACAGCGGUCCCUAUACCCGGGGUGGAUUUAAGGCUGUGUAAGGGGACAGUUAGAGAAUGAUAUGACAACGGUCCCCAUACCCGGGGUAGAUUUAAGGCUGUGUAAGGGGACAGUUAGAGAAUGAUAUGACAGCGGUCUCUAUACCCGGGGUAGAUUUAAGGCUAUGUAAGGGAACAGACAAUGAUAUGACAGUGGUCUCUAUACCCAGGGUAGAUUUAAGGCUGUGUAAGGGGACAGUUAGAGAAUGAUCUGACAGUGGUCUCUAUACCCGGGGUAGAUUUAAGGCUGUGUAAGGGGACAGUUAGAGAAUGAUCUGACAGUGGUCUCUAUACCCGGGGUGGAUUUAAGGCUGUGUAAGGGGACAGUUAGAUAAUGAUCUGACAGUGGUCUCUAUACCCGGGGUAGAUUUAAGGCUAUGUAAGGGAACAGACAAUGAUAUGACAGUGGUCUCUAUACCCAGGGUAGAUUUAAGGCUGUGUAAGGGGACAGUUAGAGAAUGAUCUGACAGUGAUCUCUAUACCCGGGGUAGAUUUAAGGCUGUGUAAGGGGACAGUUAGAGAAUGAUCUGACAGUGGUCUCUAUACCCAGGGUAGAUUUAAGGCUAUGUAAGGGAACAGAGAAUGAUCUGACAGUGGUCUCUAUACCCGGGGUAGAUUUAAGGCUGUGUAAGGGGACAGUUAGAGAAUGAUCUGACAGUGGUCUCUAUACCCGGGGUAGAUUUAAGGCUGUGUAAGGGGACAGUUAGAGAAUGAUAUGACAGCUGUCCCCAUUCCCGGGGUAGAUUUAAGGCUGUGUAAGGGGACAGCUAGUGACUAUGACACUGGUCCCUAUACCCGGGGUAGAUUUAAGGCUGUGUAAGGGGACAGUUAGAGAAUGAUAUGACAGCGGUCCCUAUACCUGGGGUGGAUUAAGGCUGUGUAAAGGGACAGCUAGUGAAUAUGACACUGGUCCCUAUACCCGGGGUGGAUUUAAGGCUGUGUAAGUGGACAGUUAGAGAAUGAUAUGACAGCUGUCCCUAUACCCGGGGUGGAUUUAAGGCUGUGUAAGGGGACAGUUAGAGAAUGAUAUGACAGCUGUCCCUAUACCCGGGGUGGAUUUAAGGCUGUGUAAGGGGACAGUUAGAGAAUGAUAUGACAGCUGUCCCUAUACCCGGGGUGGAUUUAAGGCUGUGUAAAAGGACAGUUAGUGAAUAUGACACUGGUCCCUAUACCCGGGGUGGAUUUAAGGCUUUAUAUAGGAGGUAGGGGAAUCUUGCAGCUAAAUUCUGUGACAGGCCAGGAUGUGCCCCUGUGUAUUGCCAACCAUUCAGGAGACACUGAAAAUUUCUCAGGACCUGUCGCUAAAGAUUUAAUAUUUCUUUGAAAUGAGAAACGAUUCUCCAAUGAAUUUGAAGAGCUGUGGAAUGAAUGUCACCUCCCUUUCAGUUUCUGCUGCCCGCUGAUUUGAAUAUUUAUAAAUAUCAGUAAAUUAUUUAUCGGGGCAAUCUGCUGUAUCAUUUAACAAUUGCUUUUAACACUUUGUGUUCUUCAGCUGUGUCUGGAACGGCGCCUAGCUGCACGACUUCAAUCUACAAAUAGUGAUACCUGAAAUUUAUAGAUGAAUCUGUGUAAUUUCCUGUGUAAAAUACAUUUAUAGCACAUGUAUCUCCACUACUAAUAAAGAACCAACAAUCAAGAUGGGUCACGUCAUGUUUGUUACCAAUUUGUUGUAUAAUUUUAAAACAUGCAGUGAUAUUAACAAAUAUAUACAGUUGUGCAACUGUAUUAUUUGAAAAUAAUAUAUAUAUCCUGUUUGGGUACUGAAAAAAAUAUCCCAAGAUUUUUCUAAAAUGAAUAUUUAAUAAUGUUCUGAGAUGUAACUGUAGGUGACAAUAUGUUUAAAUACAGUUACAUUCAGUUUGAGAAUUGUGGAAGGUCUAGCUUGCUUGAACUGUAACUCCCAUUGCGGCUGAGGUAACAGGAGCUGUCAUGUUCUUAAAUACUGGAUUAUCACAUAUACCAGAGCUCAGGACGCAUGUGGCUCUGUAUGCCCACAGACAACAAGAGAUUGCAGUACCACUCUCUGUAUGUUGCCCUGUUGAUUGCUACGUUUGUGUAAUAAGUCUCUGAAUGCCAGUUUGUAUGAGAACAUGCUCCCCUGAGGUCAACUUGGCACAGUGCUACAGAGGCGACAGGUCCGUGUAUUGCCAAAGGUACAGAUGGCACCGCUCAGGGGUGAAUAGUCUGGACUGAAGAGAGAAAAUCUCUUUAUCAGACAAGACUACAGUAAUUAGGUUUGCCUAAAAAAAUUCACAAUAUUAAAUAUUUUAUAUUUUUGUUUUGUGUUAAUAGGUGAUGAAAGUGGCAAAAUUAGCUUGAGGUGUCCAUUUUAUAAUUCACUGUUGGCUCAUUGGUACUUUGGCUCAGUAAAUGAGUAAUGGCAGGGUGAGGAUGAUAGGAAUACUUCGGACUCCAUAACUGUAUUACUGAUAUAUUUAACAGAUCUUCCCAGGUAAAUUGGAACCAAUGUGAAGAGUGAACAAAGAAGAGAAAAUAUAUUGUCGUACUCUUCUAUAGACUAGAUAAGCAUGGCGUGGCCUGGGUGAUUUUAUAGGCAACAAAUUGGCUGGUUUUGAGUUAAAUAUAAGAGAGCUGAAAGUUUGCUUUGGAGACAGGGACCUUAGCUGAUCCCAUUAUUGCUAAUCAGUUGCGUGGGUCAGUUUACUCCCCGUCAGCAGUCUACAAACUCCUAGCUGCCCCAUUCUCAGAAAAAGAAUCCAACAAUACAGAAAAUACAGACGCUAUAUACAUAUCUCCAUUGGACAAAAUGAGGCUCUGUUUGCAGCCAUAUCGCUAUUAAUCUGAAGCCUCACUGUGAGAGAAAUCCCCAUGGUCGUCGGCAAGGGAUCGCACAAAUUCAAGGUCGUUUCCUGAACUAAAAGCAAUAAUGUGUUUUAUUGAUAAACUGUACAGCAGAGUGCUGUGUGCUGUAUACAUAGAAAUACAGAGUCGUGCAGUGUGGCUAUUAGGACAGCACAUUGUUUUAUGGGUCCUUGUCAUAUACACUCCGAAAUACGGGGAAACGCUCAGCCUCUGGGAAGACACACAGUUACGUGUAAGCUACAAUUUCCCAUAAUGCCUAAAGACUUUGUGGGAAAUGUCAAUCAAACAGAAAUCUACAGUACCCAGAUUGUGAGCUGACAAGCAAGGUAGGUUCCCAAGAGGGUUCGCUUCGAUGGAAUCCCCAUGGGCCGAUUGUGUGCGGUUCUACGGAAAACUCAAACUGAACCAAAAAAAAGCUGCAAAUUUAAAUUGCCAUCUAGGCCAUCAAACAAAUGGUCCCCCUCGUGCCCUCGAAUAAACAGUCUCCCCUAGGUAUGUCCCCCAGAGAUAGAUCAUAGGUGGCUAAACUGGGCACCCCGCUUAUUUAGAAGUGCAAUUCAGAAAAGGCUUGCCACCACUGCCAGAAGCGGAGAGGUGCUCAGACAGCCACCAAUCAGUAAACACGGCCGGUUAAAUCUUGGUCGAUUCUUGGGAGUUGCUGUUGCAGUAGGGAGGCAGAUAAAGGGUGCAAUCAUUGUUUGGAGCAUUGUUUGAAGAGGAAGCUCUGUGUGUAAAUACGGUAGUUGGUGGAAUGAGAUGAAAAGUUCCGUUUGACAGGCCGAGUUUAUAAAUGUCUUCCUUAUAUUGAUGUGAAAUAAAAUCAUUUUUGUUUAGCUAAAAUUAAAUAAAACGGGAUGUUUACUUUAACAGAGCAAUAAUAAACUUGGCUGAUUUAAGUAGAACAGACACGGAGGGUUUUGUUAUUGACUCUUUAAAUGCCAGUGUGCACAUUGCUCGAUGCUCAGAUCAUUAAAAAGGUUAAACAUCGGUUUUCCAGACGCAUAUUUCAUGUUAGAUAGAGCAGAUUUUUACUGCGUUUCUAAACACGCAAUGUGGGAAAGGUGAAUAUUUCUGUCCUAAAACAUGAACCUCUAUAGUUCAUAUUCCUCAGCCCCUCGAUGGAGAGUUUUAUGAUGUCAGCCAACAUGAGGAAAACAAUUGCAAUUUUUCAGAGUAUAAUAGAAGAGAUGCCUUGUGAAUAGUGACGGAGAAGUCUACCAUUAUAAUAUGAUUUUAAAAGGGACAUUUCAGAAAGUGAGCAGAGUUUUAUAUAAAUCACACACCUUUAUAAGUAGCGUUCUAGGUGGGCUUUUUAUUUUUGUUAUUUCACAGCUUUUUUGGUGGUACACUUUUGGUUAGUUAUAUUUGCAGCAGACAAAGCUGUCCACGCGGUGGUCUUGGUGUUGUUGCAGGGAUUCGUACAUUAAUGUUUCUCCAAAGGUUCAUCUGGACUGACUGUAUCUAUUUCUCAACAUUUACUGUCUCUCUUCCUUCAGUCUACCCUGGGCACUUCGCUCACCCUUUUCCAGCUUUCAAUCAUCUCAGAUCUUUUAUCAUUGUCACUCACCCUCCCAGUCAGGCUGUCUCAGGGGGUUAGCGGACAAAUUCUACUUUUCUCUGCACAGUCACUUGCAAGGUGCAGAUUGCAUACGGCAGCCUUUCUGCGUUAAACAGAGAAGCACUGGAUAUUAGACCAUUGCUGGAGGAAAAUGUAUCAGUGGAGAUAGAUUGCUACCUAGCUACGAGCGCUGGUCUGUCUGUUUCAGACCCACAUCUUGUAAAACUCCACUCAUAUUACAGGACCUGUCAAGAGUUUAAGUUGUGCAGUAGUCGCGUUGGCACAUUGACAACAUGUUUAACCUCCUGUGUGUUGCUGCUGCUCUGUCAGGUUAGCGGAUUAUAGCUUGGAGAGCACUGUAGGGGGUCUGACUUACCCCUACUUCAUUGCCGGCAAGAUUCUGGUUAAACAGACAGGGUGAUCCCCUCUGAGCUGCAGAUUUGUAUCACUUGCAGAGGUCGCAUCGAGCGAGUAGCGGGUCACUAAUUGAUAGCUUUGCAUGUGUUUUUUUACUAGCAGCUUAGAACUAAUAAUGUGUUUUCUAAUCUUGAGCUGAACAACAGUACGAAAGCUCAUAACACUGCAAAGCACAGAAUUAAGGUUAUUCUACAAUAUGGUUUGCAAAGUAAAAAGCCUUUGUAGGUUUCUAAAGGAGUUUGUAUCUUUAAGUAGUAUAACCGCUCUCUGUUUGCACCAGAUUUGCUUAUAUGUAAAUACAUUUCCUAGACCUACAUGCCAGGGCUGUAGGGCCACCUAGAUCCUUAGAUCUGAAGUGCUUGAAUGUGUUACCAUGUUGGUGCAAUAAUUUUGUGACUAAAUUUUGUGCAAGCAGUAAAUGUCUCUCUCUCUUUCUUGGUUUCUUCCUCCUCUUUAGCUGAAAGAGGUGUUUGCACUGACGCAACCUCAGGAAAGCCGAAGAUGGCUGCCAAACGAAAAGGCGGCCUGAAACUAAAUGCAAUCUGUGCCAAACUCAGCCGGCAGGUGGUCUCGGAACAUGGAUCAGAUCUAGGAGAUGCGGAGCCAGGGCCCCUGGACAGCAGCGACAGAGAAGGUGAAGCAGAUCCCACGGAGGGUCUCAAUAAUGAUCAGCGGAGUGCAGAGGAGGACAAGCGGCGCAGGGAGGUGAUUGAAAAAUGGGUCAAUGGAGAAUAUACAGACGAACCUCCUGAGAGGAAGGUGAAAGAGUUCAAAAGGAUAGGUGUUGCAGAGCUGCCUCCUGAAGGUGUCUACAUGGUACAGCCCAAGGGGUGCAGCGAUGAAGAAGACAACACCGAGGACCCAAAGAUCACCCAAAGCAACAGAUACCCGGAGGAAAAGGAGUCAGAUAGGACUGUCUCUAAGGACGCUAUAGAGGCAGCUGCAAAACUAACCUCAGGGGCUUCUUCAGGUAAGUGACCCUGUGCAGGCCCCUUGGCAUUAAACUCUAGUGGCAGAAAUCUUUAGAGUGCCCAAAUCGGCCCAACACAAUAACUAGUCUUGCCUUCGAUGCAAUAAGCCUUAUUUUAUUCCCAGUUUGAGACCCUGCUCUGUGCUACUGGGAGAAUGCGGCAUACAGGGCAUUAUCCCCGAGGAGGCCGACACAGAGUGUGGGUUUUGUGCUAGAUCGCUGCUUGCCUGUUAUUGGCGGCCAGACUGCUGGCUCUGACUGGCAGUGCAAGCCUCAUAAUUAUGCAUGAAGAUAUAAACAGAGCUGUUUAAUUAUCCUUCACAACAUCAGUGACAAAGUAAUUAAACAUUGUGAGAUCAAUGGGAAGAUGUGUGACCUUCAGCAGACGCCCAAAGCAAAGCAUUUCCCUCGAAAGGGACAAGGUGACUCCACUCAUACGAAGACAGGGCCACACAUAGACAUGCGAGCCAUAUUCAGUGCCAAGGUGCUGGGUGCACUACUGACUGGGGAUCCCAGAAACCCGCACCAAGCUUGUGUCAGCGUGGAUCCCGCACAGUGAGUCCCCUGACAUCGCACCAGGUCACAGCAGGGAGUCCGAUUUAUAGCUCACAAACACCAAGCAUUUUAAACAGGCCUGCACCUCCAGCGGAACUGGUUAUUGUAUUUAAAGAUGGCAUGAUGUCUAUAUAGUACCUAAAUCUAUUAUUAGAGAUACAGUAUUGAUAGAAUUGUUCAUUAUAGCAGCCAGAUGUCUCAUCUAACCUGCUGAAAAACAUUUCACACUGGGGUUUAUCCACUAAACUGGUCAUUUUGGAGAAUUGAUAAGAAAUUGCAAGUUUUGAGGAAACAAAAUAAAUAUUUUAACUUAAAAUUUGCUGUCAUUAACCAAUAGAAAGGUAAUUAUUCAAUAAACUGGUUUCUGGAUUGGACUGACCACCAUUAGGGAGAGGGAUUGGUUAUAUUUUACAUAUAAACUUAAGCUGACUGGGAAUAGAGAAAUUAUAUGACACACGGUUUAGUAAAUACAGUUAUUAUAACCAUUAUUUUAGUACAGGCAUUCAGCAAAGCUUUGAUUCUGUCAUUUUUUAUUUUUCGGGAUGUACAAUACGGGCGUAAAACGAAUAUUUACUAGAUGGUGGAGAUGACAAGGCAGGCCCCUUUACUGAAGUUUUUGAACAUUUUGGAAUUUCUAUGGAUAGAAUCUCACUGAACAUUAUCAGUGAUGCCAAAACUUCCCAAAUGUUAGGUAAUAAUUGAUGUAUGUCUAAAGAAAAGGAAAUGUAUUAGCAGUCUGCGGGAUAACAUUAAAAGUAAGAAGUAAUGAUUUAUGGAUCACUUAUUGAUCACACUGCAGUUUAGCACCACUCUGUAUCCCUAAUGUUGUGUCCUAAUCAAUAAAGGCAAGAGGCUGAAUGAUGUUAUAAAGUGAGGUAACAAUGUGAGUCACUGUCCUAUAAAUAUUGUUCAUAUUACACAUUAACUUUACCCAGAUCCCCCUCCUUAAUCAGGGCACAGUGUGCAUAUAGAAAGUCUGCAUACUGUGUAUUGCACGCGCACAGCUUUAUGAGGCCACACAGGUAAAUUUACGAAGCUCUCUGUGUCUUGACAGACAGGACUUGGCUCCACUUCCAGCAAAAUGACUUUUUCUUCAUAAUAGGCCAAAGAGAGAGCAGAUACAUUUUAUGAAAACUUUGUUUAAUGUACUGAAAAGCCAUCGUUGAGAACAUUUAUUGAAUUGAUUUUCCUGCCAUUGAUGAACUCUAUUUUAUUCUACUCCAGUAUUAAUUACCUUCAUUUUUUUUUUUUUUCCUUUUUUCAAACAAAUUAAUUUAAGUCAUAAAACGUGAGACAGACGUGUGGGGAAGGAUAAGACUAUCUCUGUGUCUGGCCAUUAACACUGAGCAUUUACCUCUUUUCACACAGGAGAAGCCUCAUCUUUGCGUGAAUAUGCAGCCAACACAAUGAGCGAAUUCCUUGGCAUGUUUGGGUACACGCAGCCCAAUGUACGCGAUGAACUGGCAAAGAAGAUUAGCUUUGAGAAGCUCAAUGCUGCUACCUCACAGUCCAUCUCUGCAGAAGACCUCCUCAGCAAGCGGGCCAGAUUCUCCAAAUAUGAGGAGUAUAUCCGGAAACUGAAGGCUGGCGAAAACCUUGCCUGGCCUACCCAGGUGACCAAGUGUGAAGAACUUAACUCUAAAAACCUUCAGGCCAAGGAUGGUGUAGGCCAGCAACCAGCACUGCAGCCACUGCCCGCUAGGGUCCCUGGGCAUGAGGCAGCCAUUCUUCCAGAGUCAAAAGUCACUGUUGUACCCCUGCCCACUGCUGGCAGCUCCCACAUGCAAGGCCUAAUAUCCCGACCUUCCAAAUACGACUUUUUCAUUCAGAAGUUAAAAACGGGAGAGUCCUUAAAGACGCAGAAUGGGAACACCUACAAGAAGCCCUCGAAGUACGAUUUAGAGAAUGUCAAGUAUCUUCACCUCUUUAAACCGGGAGAGGGGAACCAAGAUAUGGGAGGCUCCAUAGCUUUUAAGACAGGAAAAGUGGGACGCCCUUCAAAAUAUGAUGUGCGCAAUAUUCAGAAGCCUAUCCCACAAAAGGCAGCUGCAGUUGUCCCCAGCUUAUCCCCAGCACCCAUCACAAGCACUCCUGUCCCCCCUCUGCCAGCAGCAGAGCAGCCUGUGACUUUACCCUUCAACACUCCUGAAUAUAUGAAGUCUACCUUCUCUAAGACAGACUCUAUCACUACAGGGACAGUCUCCACAGUCAAGUAAGCACCAUCAGACAUGUAAUGAUUGACUUGAGCCAUUCUCAGCUCACUUGUUUUGGGCAGGCGUUGUUAGAAAGCUAGCUCCACCAUACAGCAUGUCCUAGUGGACACUAGAUGCACCAGGUGUAGAAAUCUAGUGGUCAAAUCCGAGGAGAUGCAUAAAAGCAGAAAUAUAGAUAAUUUCAAGAUGUGUGCUGGAUAUGUAACAUAUAUGAUCCUUGUAGUAUGUAACUAAAUAAUAUGGACAUUUAUUUUUAGCAAGCACAGACAGUCAAUAGGACUGUGUGGUGAGUUUACCAGGUGUAGUGGGCAGAUAGCUAGAGGAUAAGACAGGUUUGGGUCUUUGUCAGGGAGGAGUAAUGCAGGUUUGGGUCAUUGGCCGGGAGGAGUUAUUCAGGUUUGGGUCAUUGGCAGGGAGGAGUUAUUCAGGUUUGGGUCAUUGGCCGGGAGGAGUUAUUCAGGUUUGGGUCAUUGGCAGGGAGGAGUUAUUCAGGUUUGGGUCAUUGGCCGGGAGGAGUUAUUCAGGUUUGGGUCAUUGGCCGGGAGGAGUUAUUCAGGUUUGGGUCAUUGGCAGGGAGGAGUUAUUCAGGUUUGGGUCAUUGGCCGGGAGGAGUUAUUCAGGUUUGGGCCAUUGGCCGGGAGGAGUUAUUCAGGUUUGGGUCAUUGGCCGGGAGGAGUUAUUCAGGUUUGGGUCGCUGCUUGGGAGGAGUAUGGGCUUUGGUAUAAGGGUACAAUUAUGGUAGUCCGUGAUUACUUGAUAUGAGGGAUGUGUUACAGUGUGCAUGGAGAACCGAUAAAGAAAGGACCUUGGACCAGUGAUGGCCAUAUCUGGUACUGUAGACGAUUGUGAACUAUAUUACCCAUUAGAAGGCUGGCUAAGCAUCAUGGCAAAUGUAGUUCAGAAACCUCUUUGGUGUCCAGCUUGCCCAUCGCUGGGAAGGUGUUUCUAGAUAAGAGCUGGGUUAGUGGCGAUGUACCUAAUUUAGACAAAGUUGGGCUUGGGGAUUUUGGGUAAAGGUUACUAACAUCCAGAUCCGGGAGUGUGGCACGAGACGGAGCUGGGUAGGGCGCUGAAUGGACUCUAACCAGCUCUGCCCUGUCUUUCUCACCAGGAAUGGACUGCCCCCAGACAAGCCCCCAGAAGAUGUAAAUAUUUACCAGAAAUAUAUUGCCAGGUAUGGAGAUGGGGAGAGUCGAUUCUGCCUGUAGGUCCAUGUCACAGACUCUGCCAUUUCUCUUUAACAUCCUCACUAACCUUUCACCCUAAUGGGUCAGGGAGAUCAGACACCAAUGCCUGGAAACCACUCUGCCAAUUGGCAGGCUGUGUGCAUCGGUGUGAAAUGAUUGCAUGGCGUGUGUAUUUGCAUGUGUGUUUCCAUACCAGUUAGUCAAUUAUUAUUGGCCCAAUCAGUGUUUGUAAAGUUGAUCCCCUGCACGCCCUAGGAUUUGUCUGUUUCGAUAGACCGGAUAUAUCUAUCAGCCCAUUCAGAUACCUUUCUCUCUCUCUUUCUCUCUCUUUCUGCUCUUCCCUGUACACAUUCUGUUCAUCUCUGUCUCCUUCUUUGCUUCCUUUUGCACCUGGCCUCCCUAACGGAUUCUCUUCCCUUUCCUGCAGAUUUUCAGGUAGCCAACACUGUGGACACAUUCACUGCGCAUAUCAAUACCGCGAACACUACCAUUGCCUGGAUCCAGAAUGUAAUUACCAGGUGAGAAGCCGCAAUACAGCCUCUUACUCCUAGCGUUAAGGCUUAUAAUAGAUAAAAACACCUACACACAGAUUGCAAAGAUUUCUCAGAGCUGGUCACUGCAGUCAACUAACCAACGAUAAUGUUCAGGUUUGACGGUUUAAAACGUCUAAAGGAGCCACAUUGUGACAGAUGUAUCCAUUAUUUACAGGGAAAAACAUUGGUUAAAGGGGUGUCAAAAGAAAACCCACCACGUAUUCCUCCCAUGAUACUUUGUCAGCCUUUGGGGGUCUACCUUUUGGCUAUCCCUUUCUUGUAUAAAGUAACAAAGUAUGGUAUUUAUUAAUUAAUUAAUUUAAAGUAAAUCACGCAGUGUGUGCCCAAACACUGCUCAGUUGCCGCCAUCUUUUCUGGAAAAACACACACACACAGAGCAGAGAAUUGGCUGUUAUAAUGCCAUAGCCUAAAGCAAGAAUGUUUAUCCACAUGUAGCAUUAGGGAAAAGCUGUGAUACUGCACCGAGAGCUCUACAUUUACCUAAAUGAGCCUUUUUUUUUACUGAAACUGACCCUUCUUGUGAUCUACUUUCAGAGAUUCACCAGUAAGCAAGACGUGAUCCGACAUUACAAUAUGCACAAGAAGCGGGACAACUCCCUUCAGCACGGCUUCAUGCGUUUCAGCCCAUUGGAUGAUUGCAGCGUUUACUACCACGGCUGUCACCUUAACGGCAAAAGCACACAUUAUCACUGUAUGCAGGUAACUUCCCCAGUGAUUGGACUUCCAGCCAGAUAGAUGGGGCAUGGGCCCAUGAGGAUUGUGGGAGAUGUAGGUCCGUCACAGUCUGUUGGUCAAUAACCGGAGAGACCAGCAAUGUUUCAAUCAAGUUUGGCAACAGAUCGUAUUCUCCAUUGCUGAUUCUGUGACUGGCAAAAUUUUAUGGGAAAUGUAGUCCAGCAUACAUUAUCCCUGUUUUCUAGGCUUACUGUCUGAUUAUCUGUAAAUACGGUAGUUUAGCACCCUGCUCUGUUAUUCCAGAUCCACCAUUGCCGCACCCUACACUUUGGUGCAGUUGCAGGUCCAAUCAAGUCUUGCUUCUAAACAUUUAGGCUACACCCUAUCCUGCUGCCUUGUCUACCAACCACCCUAUUACUUCUAGAUAACUUUAAUCUCUGUCUACUUUACCCCACAUUACACUGCACUGACUCGUGCAUGGCAUGAGCUUUACAAUAUUUACAUUCAUUGUCUGAUCUGUACCAUGUUAUCACUGCAACUCCCAUCACGCUUAAUCAGAAUCCAGUAGGUUGCACAGUCGUGUGUAAAGACUAUUUUAAUUGGAAUUGAACAAAAUUAUAGAGAUUUAAUAUAUAAAUAUAUUAAUAUCUACAUGUUAGGAGACUUACAAAUACCUAAUACCAUAUUGCAAAUUCCUGCACUUUACACACAGAAUGCCGUUAUAAUGUAGGCACAUUUCAGGUUAUUCUAUAACCAUGAAUUUUGGGGAAUUCACCAUGAAAUGGCCAAUUAUUAGAUGGUGAAAUAGAAUGUUUCCAUUUAGCCUCUUUUUGCCUAGAAUUUGCAAUUCCCAGAUGAAGUCCCAGAAAUUCACUAAAUUUUACUAAUUAACUCUGUUUCUUGCUGCUGGACCUAACUUUGUGACCACUUGCUUGGUCUUUACCUCGUAGUACGGUGGCUGUCACAACUCCCACUAUCCUUAUUUUGGCUGUAGGUGGUUAUGCAGGUAGCAAACCUACUCAACCUUUGACAUCUGCUGUUAAUUCACAAUACUAGUAGAUGCCUGAGCAUGCUAAGAGGUGUAGUCCAUAGCAGCUACAAAUAUUUUAAUGAGAAAAAAAAAUUAAUGGAAAAUGCAAAUCCCUUCCUCAAGGUGAUCCGGUAAUCACGUUCUCUCUGCUCCCAGGGUGGCCUGAUUGCUAAGAUCUGUCUGGGAGUGGGAGCUUUCACUGAAUGUCUAUCAGUCAAUGAUUGUUGAAUAAAAGUUUUCAAAGGAACGGGCAGUGAAUUUUUGUGCACACAGUUUGCUGCUCACAGCAGCUACAGAACCUCGAGGAAGCCUAGUCCUGCUAAGCAGUUACUAACCUCGACUGUCUGCACGCUCUGGGUGCACGACAAUAAUAGGUGUGAUUAAAAAAAAUGAGUAGCUUUUGCAGGACGCACUUUCUUUAUGUCCUUAAUUGGUGUGGAUAAAUUUCAGUUCCUUGUUUAUACAAAGCCCACAUUUUUCAGUCUUUAGCACCAAGUGCCACAUUGCAAGUUAUCCCUCAGCCGCUUUUUGUUUAAUUCUAUUUUUCCUCGCUGAUCCCGUGGUGGGUUCUGCUUUUUUUCAAGGUGUCACCACUGAGUAGGUUUUAUACUGCAAACAGCUGGGAAGGGGUUUUUUUUUUUCGCUCUGUUUUUUUCUUUUUUUGGGUAUUUGUCAGGCUUUUGUUAUUGUCUGCUCUCAUCAACCUGCUUGUGGGUUGGGAGUGACAGAAGGAAGGCACAAGAGGUAGUGCUGAGUAUAUUAUUUUUCCCUGUCGUUUGAGAUGGAGCAGACCCUGGCACUCAUCUCAUGAUUUUUCCCCUCGCCUGCCGCAUUUUCAGAUUCCGCAGCUUUUUUUUUUACUCAAUAUGGCAAAGUUGCCCGCUUUGCCUGGAGACAUAUGCCAGAAGAAGGACAAGUUGAACAUUCCAUUACGUGACGUGUGCUUGGCGGUAAGAUGAGCUUGUGUAUCGUGCUACUGCAGACACCCCAACACGGGCAGUAUCUGGUCCAUCUCAGCACUUCAGUUUCAAAACAUUAACAUCUUAUUAGGAGCAAUAAUCGCAAAAACAUCCAGUUGGUCUUGGAACAUUUCUGUGCAGUGAAACAGAAAGUCCAUAUAUUACACAAAGAGAAAUGUUCGUUGAUGGAGAGGUUAAAUCAUUCCAUUGUAUCAAGCUCAGGAUUCACCUCUCCUAGUUUAAAAAAAAAUAAAAUUACUUCUAUGAUUCAACCUAAAAGCAAUCUUACAAAAUUUGUAAUAUAUCUGUAUGUGAAUUAAAGAUAAACAUUGAUCAACUCCAGGUCGGCUGCAACAAGGUUUAUACCAGCACCUCAGAUGUGAUGACCCACGAAAACUUCCACAAGAAGAACACGCAGCUGAUUAAUGAUGGAUUCCAGCGCUUCCGAGCCACUGAGGACUGCGGCACCGUGGAAUGCCAAUUUUACGGGCAGAAAACCACACACUUUCACUGCAGGUAAGGAACAGCAGUAAUCAAUAAAGAGGUACCACAUAAAGGACUGUAAGACAGCAAAUGGUUUGCUUUGGUUCAUUGUAACGGGUCCCUGGUCGUUGAGAGCCAAGCAUUAGAAAAUAAUGUCCCAAAAGUUGAGAGUAAUUUAGGUGUCCUCAUUGUGUUCGUUAGAACAUCAUUAUGGAAGGAGACAAAUUGUCUAUAGACAGGUUGAUGGUCAUAAUGUUACAGUUAAGAAUGUUUUUGUAUCUCUCUGAAAUUUGCAGGCGACCAGGCUGCAGUUUCACGUUUAAGAAUAAGUGUGACAUAGAGAAGCACAAGAGCUAUCACGUAAAGGACGAUGCUUACGCCAAGGAUGGCUUUAAGAAGUUCUAUAAAUAUGAAGAAUGCAAGUAUGAGGGCUGUGUGUAUAGCAAGGCUACUAACCACUUCCACUGUAUCCGCACCGGCUGCGGCUUUACCUUCACCUCUACCAGCCAGAUGACCUCGCACAAGCGUAAACACGAGAGGCGCCACAUUCGUAGCUCUGGAGUCCUCGGCCUGCCGUCUUCCUUAAUGGGAGGGAAGGACAAUGACAUGGAAGAAUCCAGCAAUGAUGAUCUCAUUGACUUUUCUGCUUUGAGUAGUAAGAACUCUAGUUUGAGUGCCUCCCCCACCAGUCAGCAGUCUUCCGUAUCCCUGGUCCCUACUAUUUCUGAGGCAUCUUCUCCACAGGCUCACAAAGCCACCAGCACCAUUCCACCCACUACAAAGAUCUCCAACAUCCUGACCCAAGCACUGCCCAGUAGCAUGCCCCUGGCUCUGGCAUUAUCUAGUUCUACACAACUUGGAACUGGGACAUACUUUCCAAUCAUAAGUAGUCGUGGUGGUUCCUCUCUUCCCAUCAACUCUACAAACAUAAUGCCCAUAGCUGCCCCUGACUCCUCUCCGCAGUCUGCUUCAGGUGCCAAUGAUCAAAAUAGCACUUCGCCAGCCUCCACUUCCAUUAUGGAAAGGAUGUCAGCUAGUAAAGGUUUAAUCUCUCCAAUGAUGGCAAGGUUGGCAGCGGCAGCCAUCAAGCAGUCUCCAUCUCCUGAAUCAGGUGAGAGUGGUUUGGAUAAAUAAAUAUCAACUCAUCACGCCUUUAUAUUGUUUAAACAGAUUAUGCCAGUGAAAUCUGCUGCAUAUUUAUUUUUAAAUUAUGUUUCAUGUCACCAUAGGUAUAGGACAACCAAUGGCUCGUGUUUGUGUAGGACCGUUCAAAACAGAACCUGCAGACUCAGAAGGGACAUUGCCCCAAAACAGCUCUCAGGAGCACAGCCUGGACCUGAGCUUGAACAGGUGAGCAGUGAUCGCCGACAUGUUGCAGCUACUUGGGAGCAAACAAACAGCAGUGCAGUAUGUCCAAGCUUUGAGUUUCACUGUAACUAAUGAAGGAUAUUAAGGUAGCUUCACCCAUUCCCAAAACUACUUUGCACCUGGUGAAUGGGAUUGUGAGGUUACGAAGGAUUCUCCAAAUCUGUAUCUCUCUCUAUUCUGUCUAGUGUAGGUGGAGACAUAUACCAGUUGGUUGGCCGGCUGGAUGGAUAGAGGAAGAUAUAUUGUAAGACAGUAGGUUAGAGAGAUUAGAGGAAACCCAGAUUGUUUUCCCAAGAGGACUUAAGUAUGUGCUUUUAAUUUCCAGUUCUGAAUCCAAUGGACAAGACACAAAUCCCGAUCCAUCACUCCUUCCUGCUACUCUGAACAAGGUGAGGCUCAUGUAAGAUAUUGUGUGGUGAGGGCACAAUGGUCACACAGUAUGAUUGCAGACCCUUUAGUAAUUUAAUAUAAUUUCAAGUAAGUAAAAUCUGUCAGUAAUGAGUAUUCCUAAAUGAAUGCUUCAAGAACAGAGGCAGUCACCAAGGGAGCAGUGAUUCUGCUGUAAAGGGGGGCAGAAAUAUUGCACUGAGUGUUGCAGUGAAAAUGUUGGCUUCACCAAGAUGAGUGCUCUUGGUAAAGUGGUAGGUAGGCAGUCAAACUGCGGCCCAUGUGAUGGCUAAUGACAUUUUCCAUGUCUUGUCUCCAACACAUAACAUACAUUUACACUAUUAAUAUACAUCAAAUUCAAAGAGUGCAUAAACACUCAACAACUUUUAUGAUCUACAGACCCAGCACUCCAAUUCCCAUCCAGGGAACCUCCCCAGUCUAAAAACAGACCCAGACAGCAGUGACUCCGGAGCUGGAGAGUCCACACAUUACCUAGGAAAGGUAAUGAAGGCGCUCGCUCAGGAAAAGCAGACGGAGCCCUGGAGAACCUAUCUGCGCAGGUACUGGGAGACAAAUAAUACUUUUUUACCCACUCUGCUGGCAAUCUGUACAUUGCAUUCACUACUUCUUUUGUGUAUAAAAGUUCUUCCUUGCAUGUCUUUGAUCCUUACCCACGUCUUGCUGUGGGAAAGGCAUACUACAGUGAAGUGUUUUGCAAGUUAUAUUGCUUUUUGUUAAUAUAUAUUCCAUGUUAAUACAUGUGUAAGAAGGCGUGCUGGUUUAUGUACGGUGCGGAGUGACACAGUAUCAUGUGUUGCUAGGUUUGGCCCGGCAGAUGUGUGUGAUGCGCAGUGUGAUUUCCUGCACAAAUUGCAUUUUCACUGCAUAGUGGAAGAAUGUGGAGCCCUCUUCAGCACCAUGGAUGGUGCAAUCAAGCACGCCAAGUAAGUGGUAAAGAGAUAGACAAGCUCUGGAACUUGGCCGCUUAUUUCUCAGCCUCUCUAAUAAUGCUGAUUCUUUAUGCUCCCCACCCCUGCCAUUUUUUUCAUAGGUUUACUUGUAUAAUUGCAGCUUCCACUUCAGGACUGAUGUGGGUACUCCGAAGGGCAGCUCGGAUGUGCAUUUUGCGGGUGACAUGAAAAUCUCUUCAGAGGCUUCACCCCCGUUUCCCUCUGCUGUGGCACUUGGCUGCGAGGUUACUGCUCCCUGCUCCGCUGCUGUUCCUUCUACUCCGACAUUGCUGGCAUGGAAACAGCUGGCAUCCUCCAUCCCUCAGAUCCCUCAAGUACCCUCCUCAGUGCCCAGUCUGGCAUCCUCACCCAUUGCAACAACAUCACUGGAGAACGCAAAGCCUCAAGUGAAACCAGGAUUCCUGCAGUUCCAGGAGAAGUGAGUGCGUGAGUCCAAAGACUUGCUUAGUGAUGGCAUUUAAUGGUUUCCUUCCAUAUCCUGCUACUUUAAACUCCUCUUACACAUCCAUAAUCUCAUUCUUCCUUCCCACGUCUGUGACUAACCUGUGGCAUGGCAGGAAAUGGGCCUAGGGUGCCACUUUUAUGCCCGUCAUGUUGGAAAUCUAUUUUCAUACUUUGUAUGAAGUGUUUUGUGUGCUCCACUUGCAGUUUUUACCCAGUAUGUUCUAGCAAAGUGGAGCCAGUCUGACGUGGGCCAGUGGUAUGAUCUUUACAUUGUCAUUGGAUGCAGUAACAUUUUCCUUGUGUGGUUUGUCUUUCCAGUGACCCUUGCUUGGCAACAGACUGCAAAUAUGCAAACAAGUUUCACUUCCACUGUCUUUUUGGAAACUGCAAGUAUGUGUGUAAAACGUCAGGUAAAGCAGAGUCCCACUGUCUGGACCACAUCAACCCCAACAACAGCUUGGUGAACGUGCGAGACCAGUUCGCUUACUACUCUCUCCAGUGCCUAUGUCCCAACCAAGUGAGUGGCACUAUCUGGCUGGCAGGAGAUUAAAUAGGAGCCUAUAAAUACUAAGCAUCAAUAAGCAUUGAAGUGGAGCUGUACAUUUAGCUGACAUUGGAUGUGUGAGUGGUACAUUAUAUAUGGACAAAAGUAUUAGGACACCUGACCAUUACAUCAACAGGGACUUUUAUGACAUCUCAUUCUAACUACAUAGACAUUACCCGCCUAUGCAUCGGAUGUUCAAUCCGCUUUGGGACAAGAGAGCAGAUGCCUCUCCCGCCUUUAGGGCUCACUAGGCCUCUAACUCGGAAUUCCGUCACGAGAACUGAGCAAGUGAGUACUUACUAGGAGCCCAAUAUGUCACUUAGAACUCCGUUAUAUAUCAGUGUGAAAUGAGGAGCUCACUCCAUCCUUGUUUGCUCACCACAAGAUUCUAAAGUGUUUCUGCGCUAAUAUUUGCCCAUUCAUCCAGUAGAGGAUUUGUGAGGUCAGACACUGAUGUUGGAUGAGAAGGACUGGCUCGCUAUUGCUGAGGUCAGUGCUCUCUGUGGGCCAGUUAAAUUAUUCCAUACCAAACUCAUCCAACCAUGUCUUUAUGGUCCUUGCUUUGUGCACUUGGGCACAGUCAUGCUGGAAUAGAAAAGGGCCUUCCCCAAAGUGUUCCCACAAAAUUUGAAUUAUAGCAUUGUCAAAAAUGUCUUUGGACAAAGAUUUCCCUUCAUUGUAAGUAUGUAGUUUAGUCCAAAACUUGAAAAACAGCCCUAUACCAUUAGCCCUCCACCACCAAACUUUACAGUUGGCACAAUGCAGUCAGGCAGGUAACAUUCUUCUAGUAUCUGCCAAACCCAGACUUGCCCAACAGAUUGCCAAACCGAGAGGCGCAAUUCGUCACUCCACGGAACACGUUUCUACUGCUACUGAGUCCAGUGGCGGCGUGAUUUACACCUGUCGAUUAAGCUCCCAGCGCAGUUUUUGUGCUGAUAAUGGAUGUUUGGAACUCUGACAGAUUCAGCAGAGCGCCGGCGACUUUUAUGCAUCGUGCACCUCAGCGUUCGGUGACCGCGCUCUGUGACUUUAUGUGGUCUUCAGCUUUGUGGCGGAGUAGCGGCUGUUCCUGAAUAUCUAGCAAGGAUGAAAUUUUACAAACUGACUUAUCGCAAGGUGGCAUCCUAUCACAGUACCACACUGGAAUUCACUGAGCUCUUCAAAACGACCCAUUUGUUCCACAAAUAUUUGUAAAUGCAGUCCGCAUGGCUAGGUGGUUGGUUUUAUACACCUGAAUUCAAUAAUGAAGAGAUGUGUCCCAAUACUUUUGUCCAUAUAGUAUAAUAGGAACUACUCGUUCAGUGAGGGCAAUAGCUCUGUAGCUGCCAUGGUAGGAGUGGUGACUAGUGUUAUAUGUGGCCGAUUUAUAGUGCACAGGUGGGGGUACUAUAUAAACAUAUAAUUAGUAUUUUAAUGAGGUUUACAGAUUAAAUGUGCUUCUGUUUGUUACUGAAUACCAUGUUGACUCUUUCCCCAGCACUGCGAAUUCCGGAUGCGAGGGCACUACCACUGUUUGCGUCCAAGCUGUUACUUUGUCACCAAUAUCACCACUAAACUGCCGUGGCAUAUAAAGAAGCACGAAAAGGCUGAACGGCGAGCAGCAAAUGGAUUCAAGUACUUCACCAAACGCGAGGAAUGUGGGAGAUUAGGUCAGUACCGCCAUGAAUUAGAAGGUGCUGUAUUUUAUAUGCAUUCCACCUUCCCAUCCUCUCUACGUUUUAUUAUUUCCUGUGCAGACUGCUCUAAUAUUUAGUUGCAAUAGAGGUGGCAUAACUACGAAUAAAUAAUGGAUGGAAAGAUGUACUAUUGUGUGUAAAAUGCACACUGAACUAUCCAAGCAUUGUAAAAACGAAAGAAGAAUGUAGCACACAGAGCAGGCACUUUCUUCAUAUGUAAAAAAUGUAUUUUAAUUAUCACAUUUGAAGUGGCUCUUUAAUAGUCUUUGAAAGAGCCACAUGCAGUGUAAAAACUUUUCUAAACACAAUCAUUUGCAGAAAGCAGUAGGUUUUAUAUUAAGAAAUAAAAAAUAAAAAAAACUGGAAUGCUGUGUCUGCCUGGGUACAACUGGAUAUUUUUAUAGAAAUAAAAUACCACGGGAUACCUUAACUCCCUCAUAGUCGGGCAGAAUUACAACAUGUUCGAUCACUCUGGAAGGAGAGACAUUUAAGUAAUCACUGUUUCUGGUGGCGGUGGAGAAGGGGUUAACUUAAAAAAGAGAGAGACUGUGUUCUAUUCUUUCAAUAAUUGGGUGAUUUUGUUUCAGCCUUUGAACAAGAGGCCCCACAUCUAAAUUUCUUGAAUCAGUGAAGCGUUUGCAAACAAACGCUGCGCAGGACCUCACCCUGUUCCUUCAUAAAGAAUUCAUGUCCCCAGUUAGAAGUGGCUGCAGUUACCACGGUGAUCGGUGUAAACAGACACGACUCACUGCUGGCUUCUCUUACAGAUGUCCGUAAUUGCCGUCACUGUUAUUUGCUCACCUUUUUUAGUUACAGGUGCCGGGCCAGCGAGUAAAGCCAGACCGCAGUGUCAUGGAGACUGCAAAUUCUCACCUGCAGCCUCUUCACCUGCUUGUUUUGGUUUCCAAAGCAGAACACAGGCAGGCAGACACAAUAUGCGAAGAAAAUUAGCUUUUAGAAGAACCAAUUCAUUGAUAAGAAUAAUAAUCAUUACAAAAAAAAAGUCAAUACAGCUGUGUGUUAACAGUAAAUCAUAUCAUCUUUUUCUUGCUAAUCAAAACAGGAGAACGAAUGUAAAUGCAAAAAGAUAAAAAAAAUGUUGUGAAUCUGCACAGAUUCAGACAAUGUAAUGCCCUGUUUCUACUACAAUGAAAAAACUGCAUAGAGGGAAAAAAUUAGAUUUAGGGGGUUAUUCACAAAACUGUGAAUUGUUAAACAAUUGGAUCAGCACUGUUCACCUUAUAGUGAUGAAACCCAUAGAUUUAAUGUCCGUUAUUUCCUGGGUUAUAUAUUUUCAGUAAGUAAAAGCAAAUGUUAUGCUAUAGGGAGAUGUGCUAUGAAUUGCGUCUGCCCUCUGCAUUUUAUAAGGUUAUAAUAGUUCCUUUAAAGUGACUUGGUGAGGAAGAGGACUGUGGUCCCCUGUAGAAGCAAUGCUCUGAUUGCCCUCAGGUACUGGCAGGAUGCUGGUAGUACACGCGUGUCUUGGUGGAGACGAUUUAGGUUUUUCUUUUCCGUUUUCUUUCUUCAGGGUGUAAAUACAAUCAGGUGAAUAGCCACUUUCACUGCAUCCGUGAUGGCUGUCAGUUUUCCUUCCUGUUAAAGCAUCAGAUGACCUCACAUGCCCGCAAGCACAUGAGGAGGAUGCUGGGGAAGAACUUUGAUCGGGUCCCUCGCCAGGUAAUUAGACUCCAGUUCUUGACUAAGGAGCCAUUGUAUGAGGACGUUUGCAUCCGCCAAAUGGAGUGGCUGCUUGAGAGUCUCGGGAAUUCAUCCACACUUUGUGCCUUCCCAAUGGGCAAGGAAACCUAUACAGUCCUGACUUUCCGCUAUUUCCUUUGUCUCUGCAGAUUCUUCCUCACACUCCAAGGAGCGACAACCUCUCACAGUUGAGUAGCACAGCAGCUAGCCCGUCCUCUACGGAGAACCUCUCUUCCUUCCAGACCACCCCACAAAACAUGAUGGACACAGAGACAGAUGAAUAUAUGGAUUACACGGCUGGUGGAAGCCCUGGCGGAAUGUCAUCCGAGUCCUCCAACCUAGACCGCAGCUGCUCCAGUACGCCAGUGGGAAAUGACAGCACUGAUGCAGGUAAACAGAGUGACCCUUUCAACAUCCCAAACAAGAACAGAAAGGACUGUAGGAUAUCCAUGGCCUUCUUAAUUAGAGGAUUAUAGCUGGAGCCCAUGCUAUAUUAUUUCACAUGACUUUAUACACAUUACUUUUGUCACCAAAGUACAGCUAUGACUUCCAAACCAUCAUUAGCCUUUUCGUGUCCCAGUCCAUGGACCCCUUAUUGAUGGGGCAAUGAAGCCACUUGCAUGUUACUUCUCAUGCCUAUGGUCUGGUGACGGGAGCUUGGGCUUCCCUUUUCUGCUCCAUCCCUGUGAAAUUCUACGUUUCAUUUCAUCUCAUGGUUUUCUUUCUCCAGCUUCUCAUUUUGGUUCAUUUUGUUUUCUUUCUUUUUUUCCCUCUCUCUCUCCCCCUCUGUCCGUUUCUCCGGCUUUCUCUCCACACUCUCCAGGCUGCCAGGUCCCUUCUGCUUCUGGAGAUGCUCUGACCCACAAUGCACCACCAGCACCACCUGCAGCAGUGGCUGCCUUUCCUCCAGCCUUAGUCACUUCUCCCCUGUCUUCCCUCCCGUACCUGCUCUCUCCAUCCUGUGUCUCAUACUCCCUGAUCACUGCCAGCCUUGGGGUCAGCCGGGGCAUUGUGGUGCCAACCAGCAGCACUCCAGCUUUCACACCAGUAAUAGCCACUCCAGCUCCAGCCAAAACUGAUGUCCCUCUAGUACAGGAUGCUGCAGGUACCUUUUGGUUUCUUACGUCCCAUGCAUCCAUUGUGGGGGUGAGGGGGAGGUUUAAAAUAUGUUUAUGAAAUAACGGUGAAGGAGGCUCUAUUACACAGGCAAAAAGUAUUUCCAGGAUGAAAUUAUUAAUUUAUUCAUUCAAGCACCAUGACCUGGUUAUGGUGUCAGUCAACGGCAAGAUAUCAAACCGUUUUAGUACCCUGGGCCCUCGUGUAGUAUCCGCUCGUCUCCAGUAGGAGAAGUUGGAGACCUCUGUAGCGUAUAGACUGGUUGAUGUUGGACCACGCUCAUUGGAUGGGAAUGCUCAGCUGACACUCUCAGCCAAUGGUGCACGGUUCUACUUUCUUUUAUGGAGCAAUCCACCUUCCCGUGCUGGUGAAGACCAGGACCCAGGUAAGCUGUCAAGCCUUGCUAAAACAGUUUUGCUUUUUACCAUGGGACGGAACCAUGGCACUAUUGGCACCAUAACCACUGCUUAAGGUGCUUUGAGUGUUCCUGUAAGUUUUGUUUUCCAACAUUCAACCUGCCAUUUAUUUAGAGACUACAAGAAUGUACAGAGCCCUUGGUACCAGAAGGACCAUCCGUGUGGGAGUAAAGUCUUUACUGACCAGACUGGGGGAGGGUGUGGAGGGAAAUGUUCUUAAGGGGUUAAAUGGCUCUCUGCCUCAUGUAAGAUUUCCAUAUCUGGCAGGUUUGCAAGCUCCAAAAGGUUGUAUUUUAGAGGAUAUCGUAGUAGUUUAUUUAGCUGCUGUUAUACUCUGUAUUAGCUGCAAAUAUCUGGGUAUUAAGUAUGUAGUAAUGCAAGGAAUUACAUACAUAUAGUCAACGUUCUUAUAUUUUAAACUACUUGGGUCUAAAUAUGUAUUUUUUUACCAUUUAAAAAAAUCCUGUAACAUUGAAAUGGGUGCAGAUUGUAUGGUACAUGGAGUUCCAGGCAGUAGAAUGCUUUAAUAGAAGGACAUCUCAUAGGCCCCCCACCCCCGUGUGCAGCACAGGCCUGAAGUAUGGGACCGUUUAGCACAUGUCCUUUGGGGUCUCACCAUAUAUAUAACAGGUUGUUCCUGUAUAACCGAACAUAACUCCAAGAUAAAUCUGCUCAGGUUUCCAGCUGUUGGUCCUUAGAAGGUUUAAGCUAGCCCUCCGUACACGUGAAGCAAAAGAGAUAGAAGUUCUAAUAUUAAAAGAACCCUGAGAUACUUGUCCCAGUUUAAACGUUUGGGGUUCCACAGAUACUAUGCUUUUUAGGUUUUUAGUUUACUGCUUGAAGCAGGAUGUGAGGUGAAUAUGAAGACCAUUCUUGUGACCAUUUUUUUUUUUUUUUUUUUUAAGUGUAGGUUUCUUUCAUUUUUGUGUUGGAUAUAUUGGGAGACAGUAUCCCAAUAUAGUUCGCUGUGUCCCUUUCCUCAUAGUGCCCGCUCUUCUUCUUACAGGAAACACCAUCACUAUGCCGACAGCUUCUGGGGCUAAAAAGCGGUUCUGGAUCAUCGAGGACAUGUCUCCUUUUGGCAAACGACGUAAAACAGCCUCCUCUCGCAAAAUGCUGGAUGAAGGGAUGAUGCUAGAGGGAUUCAGGCGUUAUGACCUGUAUGAAGAUUGCAAGGACUCUGCAUGCCAGUUCUCUCUAAAGGUCACACACUACCACUGCACUCGAGAGAACUGUGGCUACAAGUUUUGUGGUCGUACCCACAUGUACAAGCAUGCCCAACACCAUGACCGUGUGGACAACUUAGUUCUUGAUGACUUCAAACGAUUUAAGUCAUCCCUUAGCUGCAACUUCCCUGACUGCCAGUUCUCGGGAAAUAGCACACACUUUCACUGCUUGCGUUGUGGCUUCCGCUGCACAGACAGUACCAAAGUAACAGCUCACCGCAAGCAUCACGGAAAGCAAGAUGUCAUCAGUGCUGCUGGUUUCUGUCAGUUUAGCUCCAGCGCAGAUUGUGAUGUGCCCGAAUGCAAAUACAAGUUGAAGUGCUCCCACUUCCAUUGCACUUAUCCCAGCUGCAAGCACACUGUGGUGGGAAUGUCUCAAAUGGACUCGCACAAGCGCAAGCACGAGAAGCAAGAGAGAGGAGAGCUCCCAUCUGUUUCUCCUGGUCCUGAUGGGAUCACUCAAGCAGGUGCAGAGUAUGACAUCCAAAACCCACCUGUGAAUUUGGACAGCUCCCUAAAUCUGAGCACAGACCCCCAUAACUCUCUCCUUUUCCUGCAGAAUGCUGUUGGGGUAGGUCUUAAUGACUCCCUGGACCUUAGCAAGAAGCCACAUGAUGGGUCUGUGUCUGGCCCCAGGAAAGAACUGCAAGACAGUCUUGCGGCCAACUCUGGAGAUGCAGAUGAUGACUUGUCUCAGGAUGAGGAUGAUGAUGACGAUGACGACGAUGACGACGACGAUGAUGAAGAAAUGAAUGAAGACGAGGAGGAAGAUCUGAACACAGAUUCAGACGAUUCCUUACCUGAUAAUGAAUGCUUAACAAGCAAAGGAAUCGAGCCAAGUGCUGAGGGUCCCACAAACCACUGUGUCACUCCCCAAGCCCCACUCAACCUCCAGAUAUCCCCCUAA